AUGGCCGCCUGCAAGUCGGUGGCUUUUAAGGGAGAAGCAAGAGAGGUCACAAAAGAGGGCGGGUCCUUGUCAUCGUGGCGACCCCCCCACCUGGCCCCUCCUGAGAGGUGAUGCUCCUCCUUCAGAACUCGGAGGCCCCUGCUGUUCCACCUGCAGCUGGGCUCCAUCUUCCUCUCACAUCCUUCUUCCUGCAGCCCCAUUCCCAAAGGGACACCAGCCCCACAUCCUUCCAGGCAGGCUAGGGGUCUCCAUAGUGCAGGAUUGGACCACCUGCUUUGCAUGCAGGUCUUCCGUCCUGGGCGGCAUCUCUGGGAGGAGGGGGCUGGGAAUGCCUCCCCGUCUGAAACCUUGGAGAGCUUCUGCCGGUCAGUGCAGGUGCUACUGAGGUCGAUGGGUCACAGGACUGACUGUGUCCGAGGCAGCUUCCUAGGAAUAUGGCGGACGCUCAGGUUGCAAAUGUGAUCUGUUCGGGAAGCACGUUCGCAACCCGUAGUGUUUGCAACCUGCAGCGCCGCGUCCGCGCAUGCGCGGGUUGCGAUUCGGAGCUUCUGCGCAUGCGCCCAAACCUGUUCUGGUAGUUCCGGGUUUGGCGCAGUGCGCAACUUGAAAUCACGCAACCCGAAGCGUCUGUAACUGUACAGCGAUACCUUGGUUUACAACCAUGAUCUGUUCCGGAGGUCCAGUUGUACAGUGGUACCUCGGGUUACAUAUGCUUCAGGUUACACACUCCGCUAACCCAGAAAUAGUGCUUUAGGUUAAGAACUUUGCUUCAGGAUAAGAACAGAAAUUGGGCUCCGGCAGUGCAGCAGCAGCAGGAGGCCCCAUUAGCUAAAGUGGUGCUUCAGGUUAAGAACAGUUUCAGGUUAAGAACAGACCUCCAGAACGAAUUAAGUACUUAACCCGAGGUACCACUGUAAACCAAAACAGGUUGUAACCCAAGAUGCGCUUUCACCAAUGGGGCCUCCAAAAAAAAAUUGGUUGUAAUCCCCCAAAAAUGGGUAGUAAUCCCAAAAAAGGGACACAUACUUCAGGUUUUGACGCGAUUGUAAUCCAAAACGGUUGCAAACCAAGGUACCACUGUAUUCCUCUUAAGUUACAGAGCUGAGGAGGAGCAAACUAACUUCUGCACAAGACCGACCAUCAAUUCCUUUCUUUAAGAGACAAUAUGGAAAAAUCUCUUAAUGCAAGUGCAAAAGUUCUGAAUAUAGGAGGAAGCUGAAUUCCUCCCUCCCUCUGCAAUAAAGCCCUAGGCCAAGGGAUGCCCCCCCGGUGGACUAGAUGACCCCCAGGGUCCCUUCCAGCUCUACCAUUCUCUGACUCUGUGAUCACAGCAACCUUCACUGGUGCACAGUUUGGGGGAGCACAGGAGCAUGGGCAAGAGCACAUAAUAAUAAUAAUAAUAAUAAUAAUAAUAAUAAUAAUAAUAAUAAUAGUUUAUAUCCUGCUUUUCUCCCUGCCAGGUACUUAAGGCGGCCUAUAUUUGGGAUAGAAGCAGCUAAACACAUUGGAAAAAAGUAAUAAAUACAUAUGAAUAUAAUUAAUAGAGAAAAACAAAACACAAACUCAGAGUCACCUAACUUCUUUUAUGGAAAAUUAUCAAAAAUUCCAAAAAUUGCCCGACUGUGAGGAUGAAGCUUUGAAAAUGAUAACAAUACGCAUGCAUGGGGUGGGUUUCUGGCAACGGGCAGUGGCCGGAUUAAGGCCCUAAGCAGUGAAAAUAUGUUGGUGUCCCCAUAUAUCUAUAUAUUUAAAGAAAAUUAGGGGUUGAGAAAUUCUAUUUCUAGAAUCUUAGAGUUGUAAGGGGUUCAACGGCCAUCUAGUCCAACCCCCAGCAAUGCUGGAAUCUCAGCAAAAGCAUCCACAACAGAUGGCCAUCCGAUCUCUGCUUAAAAACCUCCAAGAAAGGACAGUCUAGCAUCUCCAGAGGGAAGCCAUUCCACAGUCAAACAGGCUCCAGGAGGAAGUGAAUCAGCAACCUGAUUGGCCUGCAGGAACAGUCCAAUCAGGCUUCAGGAGGGGAGUUGAAUCAGCCAAUCACACGGGACCUAUUGUGUAAAAAAUGUAUAUAUAGCCAGCGGUUUUGGGAGAAAGAACUCACUCACUGUUUACCAUGAGCUGAAAUAAAGAGCAUGAAAUCAACACUCAACUCCGGGUAUAUUUCACCCUCCAUCCCCACUUUUGUUGGCGAAGAAGAAGAAGAAGAGUUUGGAUUUGAUAUCCCGCUUUAUCACUACCCGAAGGAGUCUCAAAGCGGCUCACAUUCUCCUUUCCCUUCCUCCCCACAACAAACACUCUGUGAGGUGAGUGGGGCUGAGAGACUUCAGAGAAGUGUGACUGGCCCAAGGUCACCCAGCAGCUGCAUGUGGAGGAGCAGGGAAUCGAACCCAGUUCACCAGAUUACGAGUCUACUGCUCUUAACCACUACACCACACUGGCAAAGGCGAAAGGAGGAGGGCCUCAGGAAUGCAGAACUCCCAAGCAGGUCCAUGAAGCUGUUUGAGAUACCCUGAUCCCAGGUCAUUUCGGGCUUUCUGGGUAAAAAUAUGAUACCCUGAGGCAUUUCCUGUUGCAAGCCAAUGAAAUUGAUUUAAUAUGGUCCGUCCUGUCGGCCGCAGAGCACGCAUCUCGCUGUGGCCUUGCCUCUGCUGAGGUCAAUGCUUGCAGAGUAGGACCGGCCAGAAACCAGACCGUAAUCAGGGAUCUAAAACAAAAUAUCAGUUUCGUCCAAGAGAAUGUGGAAUUUAUGGACCAAUGGGCACUUGCCUCAAAAGGGCAUGUUUGAAACAGGGCAAUAAUGGUUUAAAUCAGAGGGUUCAGGAGCCGGUAUCACUCUUACUAUAUCCCUAAUGAAAUGAUCAAGCGUUCCAUAUUUUAUGAAGCCCUCUUUGUGCAUAAAUCACAUUUUUUCUCUCCGAAGGCUGGUGUUUUCACAUCAGCAAAGCUGCUAAUAGCUUGAAACAAGCGCACUGCCAUUUCUGGUGUAUCUAAAUGGUCGUUUGAGGUUAGCAUCUAAAUAAAUUUGCAUGCACAUUUAGGGAUGUUUGUGCAGGCAAUCUUUUUUUCCAAGGCCGCUAUUAGCAUUUAUUUAUUUAUUGGGCUUAUUAGAGCACACAGAGAACACAGUCGGAGCAGCUCAGAAAAUAUAUUCCGGAGACAAUUAACACAGGAAGGGAAGCCAGAAGAGGAAAACACUUCAGAUGACUUUGCAGCCUCUCACUUAAUAAUAAAAAUACUUGACUGGGAGCAUAUGCAUAUGCAGUGUUCAGAGGCAUUCCAACAAAGCUUUUGCGUGCUUUAAAAGGUUAACCUGAGAUCAGUGGAUCUACAACAUGGGUAGGCAACCUAAGGCCCGGAGGCCGGAUCCGGCCCAAUCGCCUUCUCAAUCUGGCCUGCGGACGGUCCAGGAAUCAGCGUGUUUUUACACAAGUAGAAUGUGUCCUUUUAUUUAAAAUGCAUCUCUGGGUUAUUUGUGGGACCUGCCUGGUUUUUUACAUGAGUAGAAUGUGUGCUUUUAUUUAAAAUGCAUCUCUGGGGUAUUUGUGGGGCAUAGGAAAUCGUUCAUUUUGUCUUCUUCAAAAUAUAGUCUGGCCCCCCACAAGGUCUGAGGGACAGGGGACCGGCCCCCUGCUGAAAAAGUUUGCUGACCCCUGAUCUACAACAAUAAGCUCCACUCCCAGUCACCAGUCUAGCUGCCGCAUUCUGGAUUAGUUGUAAUUUCCGAGUCACCUUCAAAGGUAGCCCCACGCAGAGCGCAUUGCAGUAGUCCAAGCGGGAGAUAACCAGAAGGAACAGAAAUGAAACUCAUGCUGCUUUGCUGAGGGGAGAUGGGCAGCCUGGAGCUCACCUAUGAUGAGUCCAUCUCCCUUCACUUUUUGAGCAUCUGUUUUUUAACACCUUGUGCUAACAAGUCGCCUAAGAAGCCAACUCUUUCACGCUCUGCGACGCAGGAAUCUCAGCUUUAAAAGCCCUGACAGAGGGCCAUCCAACCUCUGUUUUGAAACCUCCAAGGAAGGAGAGGCCACCACCUUCUGAGGGAGCCCAUUCCACCAUCGAACGACUUUUCCCUCAGAAAGUUCUUCCUGGUGUUUAGCUAGAACCUCCUUUCUUGCUUUCUACGUAGGGCUGCCUCCGAAGACGGUUCGGAAACUUCAGCUGGUGCAGAUUCAGCGGCCAGUUUGUUCACGGGAGCAAGACGGUUUGAGCAUAUUACACUGAUCCUGGUCCAACUGCACUGGCUACCCAUUAGUUUCCAGGCCCAAUUCAAAGUGGUUUUAACCUAUAAAGCGUUAAACGGCCCAGGACCGCAAUACCUCAAAGACCGCCUCUUUCCAGAUGAACCUACCCAGACCCUGAGAUCACCUUCUGAGGUCCUCCUUCGUGUGCCUCCUCCUUGAAAGGUCCAGAGGGUGGCAACACGAGAACGGGGCCUUCUCUGCGGUGGCUCCCCGUCUGUGGAAUGCUCUCGCCAGGGAAGUUCACCUGGCACCUUCAUUACACACCUUUAGGUGCCAAGCAAAAAUGUUCUUUUUUAACCAGGCCUUUGGUUGAUCUUAUUGACAUCCUAUGCCUUUUUAAAAUGCAGUUCUUUUCUGGGAGGGGAGUGUUAUUGGGUUAUUGUUUGAUGUUGUGAUCUUUUCUGUGAAACACCCUGGGACCUCCAGGUAUAAGGCGGAAUAAUAAUAAUAUAUAAUAAUGAUAAUGAUAAUAAUAAUAAUAAUUUAAAAAAAAUUUACACCCCGCCCAUCUGGCUGGGUUUCCCCAGCCACUCUGUGUGGCUUCCAACAGAAUAUUAAAACGAUUAAUCAAAUAUUAAAAGCUGGACCUCAGUGUCCGGGCCGAACGAUGGGGGUAGAGACGCUCCUUCAGGAAAACUGGGCCGAGGCCAUUUAGGGCUUUCAAGGUCAGCACCAACACUUUGAAUUAUGCUCAGAAACAUACUGGGAGCCAAUGUAGGUCUUUCAGGACCGGUGUUUUGUGGUCUCGGCAGCCACCCCCAGUCACCAGUCUAGCUGCUGCGUUCUGGAUUAGUUGUAGUUUCUGGGUCACCUUCAAAGGUAGCCCUCGUAGAGCGUGUUGCAGUAGUCCAAGCGGGAAUAUACAGUGGUACCUCUGGUUGCAAACAGGAUCUGUUCUGGAGGCCCAUUCGCAACAUGAAAAGAGCACAACCUGCAGCGGCACAUCUGUGCAUGUUCGGGUUGCGAUUUGCCACUUCUGCGCAUGACAUCAUUUUGCGCUUCUGCGCAUGCGGCAAACCUGGAAGUAACCCUUUCCUGUACUUCUGGGUCGCCGCAGGACAUAACCUGAAAGAAGGUAACAUGAAGUGGACGUAACAUGAGGUAUGACUGUAAACUCAAUAAAAAAUAAAAUAAAAUAAAAUAGGAAUAAUAAUUGUCAUUUGAAUUUGUUGGUUUGGCUAUAUAUAACUGCCCUGGCAACAUCAUGAGCACGAAUCAUCACAAACGCACCGUAAAAAGGACUCCUGUAGCACAUACGCAAUCUGAAGAAUAGCUGUGGUGAACUAAUCCACAGCAACGCACCGUGGAAAACAUCACCAAGGGCGGAAAGCUUGUUGCUCCAACCGUUCUGUCCAUGCGCAACUCCCUCCUUCCCAUCGGCAAAUCCUCCUGCUCUUCCCUGUUUGAGGAGUGGAUGCAAGCAGCAGAUGUUUGUGCCCAAAAUGAACCGGGCUUGCUCUUGUUUUGUUCAGCGAGAAAUGGCUCCCGCAGGGUUUCAUUUAAAUAUUGCAUGCCUGUUGCUUUAUAAAAAAUUCACACAAAGGGGGGGGGAACAUUCUUGGAGGCUACGAGCCACAGCGUGGCGCACUUAAAUGACUGCUGAUCGUCCUCUGUGUCUUUGCCAGGGAAAGUACCCCUGGAGUCAUGGCUCUUCGCUGGUAGCGGGGUUUCUUAGCAGUAAAUAUUUGUAUUAGGAGAAGGGGAUCUGAUCUGCGAGAGUCACGUGUCUCCCUGCCACCACCCUCUCUAUUGCACAGGGUGCUGGAUAGACAGGGCAAAGAGAUCUGAGAAUCACAGAAUUGCAUAGUUGGAAGGAACCUCAAAGGUUCUCUAGUCCAAACCCCUGCAAUGCAGGAAUCACAGCUAAAGAAUCCCGGACAGAAGGCCUCUGCUUAAAAACAGCAAAUGAAGGAAGGUUCACCACUAUCAGAAUCUGAAGAAGGGCCUUCUCGGUAGUGUGGAACGCCCUCCCAUCAGAUGUCAAGGAAAUAAACAACUACCUGACUUUUAGAAAACAUCUGCUUAGGGAAGUUUUUAAUGUUUGUUGCUUUAUCGUGUUUCUAAUAUUCUGUUGGGAGCCGCCCAGAGUGGCUGGGGAGGCCCGGCCAGAUGGGCGGGGUAUAAGUUAUUAUUAUUAUUAUUAUUAUUAUUAUUAUUAUUAUUGCAGUCAUACCUCAUGUUACGUUUGCUUUAAGUUACGCUUUUUCAGGUUGCGUCCCGUGGAGACCCGGAAGUAGCAGAAAGGGUUACUUCCGGGUUUUGCCACUCACGCAUGCGCAGAAGCGAUAAAUCAUGCUUCCCACAUGCGCACGAGCACCAAAUUGCGCCACGCACCUGUGCAGAUACAGCGUUUCAGGUUGCGGGCUUUUCAUGUUGUGAACAGGCCUCCAGAAUGGAUCCUGUUCGCAACCAGAGGUGUUGUUGUUUAGUUGUGUCCGACUCUUCAUGACCCCCUGGACCCCCAGAGCACGCCAGGCACUCCUGUCUUCCACUGCCUCCCGCAGUUUGGUCAAACGCAUGUUGGUAGCUUCGAGAACACUGUCCAACCAUCUCGUCCCCUGUCGUCCCCUUCUCCUUGUGCCCUCCAUCUUUCCCAACAUCAGGGUCUUUUCCAGGAAGUCUUCUCUUCUCAUGAGGUGGCCAAAGUAUUGGAGCCUCAGCUUCAGGAUCUGUCCUUCCAGUGAGCCCUCAGGGCUGAUUUCCUUCAGAAUGGAGAGGUUUGAUCUUCUUGCAGUCCAUGGGACUCUCCAGAGGUACCACAAAGGUACCUCUAUAUUAUUAUCCAUAGCAAGCACAGAAACUGCCUCCUUGACCAUUGGUCCCACUCUAGGUCUCAUCCGCUCCAUCCACUGGAGCUUGACUUCACAUGCAGGGGGAGUCCCUAAAUCACAGACGAUUUGAGACAUAUUGGCUACCCUCACCCGGUUUAGCUGUCCAGUCAAAGCCUUUCCCAAAGUGUGGCCACAUGUUGGCAGCUUCCAGGAGCCACAGGUGAGAGCUGAGUGGGCAAACUGGCAAACCCCUGAAGGAGAACAAUGUGUCUCCCAUCAGAGGUACUAUGCCCUCCCAACACUCCAUACAUAUGGACAGCAGUAUAAUGCAGAAAUGUUUUCAACAAAUUAUCUAUCAUUUGUCCUUAAAGAGCCGGUGGACUGGAAUUGGCAGCCAGCCUUGUGAGCUGUGACCCCCUUCAGCAGGCUGUAGUCCACAAAUACCUUGUACGCUAGAAAGGUUUAAGGUUCCACAAUACCUUGGUCAGGGCCGGAUUUAGGUUUGAUGAGGCCCUAAGCUACUGAAGGUAAUGGGGCCCUUUAUAUGUCUAGCUGUCCUUUGUCAACAACAAAUGGUCGCUGUUUUUUGUGUGGAAUAUAUGCUAGAUGGUAAUUUAUGGACCUAAUAGGUAUCUAAAGACAUCUGCAUAUGAUGCCAUGCAAGCAGUCCAUGCAGAAUGUAAAAAGGUAAAGGUAAAGUUAUCCCUGACCAUCAGGUCCAGUCGCAGACGACUCUGGGGUUGCAGUGCUCAUCUCGCUUUACUGGCCGAGGGAGCUGGUGUUUGUCCACAGACAGCUUCCAGGUCAUAUGGCCAGCAUGACGCUUCUGGCGAACCAGAGCAGCGCACGGAAACACCGUUUACCUUCCUGCCAGAGCAGUACCUAUUUAUCUACUUGCACAUGACGUGCUUUCAAAUUGCUAGGUUGGCAGGAUCAGGGACCGAGCAAUGGGAGCUCACCCCGUCGCAGGGAUUUGAACCGCCGACCUUCUGACUGGCAAGCCCAAGAGGCUCUGUGGUUUAACCCACAGCGCCACCCAGGUCCCAUGCAGAAUGUAGGCACCCUAUAUAAAGAAAUGAGCAAACCAGUGAUAUUUUAGGGAGCAGGCUAGCAGGCGGGGACCAUGACUUACAUCAUAGGAGCCUACACAACACAAAACACUGUUGCUGCAUGUAGGUUUUAUUGUACAUAUUAGUUUUUUAUCUUCUAUUUUGGAAAUGUACAUCCAGUUUUUUCACCCUUUAAUUUUUUGGGGGGCCCCCAAGAGAGUGGGGCCCUAAGGCUAUAGCUUGUUUAGCUUACACGAAAAACCAGCACUGACCUUGGUGUUUCUGCUGAAAGACUCGAACACGUUCACCAGUCAGGAAACUGAUUUUUUGUUUUUGUUUUCAUUAGCCAUUCACUGCUUGCAGUUCUCCCCCCGCCCUGCCAGAAUGCAUGUAUCGGCUGAGAGCAACCCUGAACGCAUCUUGCAAAAUAAAUAUAUUCUUCCCCAUAGAAAAAACUCUUGCAGCAACUAACCCGUUAGGGUUAACAAGACUCUCUUUUCCCCCAUCUCCUCCGCGAUCUGACAUCCUUUGCUCCUUGCUGCCGCCUAUAUUCUUUGUCCAUCAGCCACCCAAGCAGAUGAGAGACUACAUUACCCAGCAUAUGAGGAAACCUUAAACUAGGAAAAUGGGUGGAUUAUUCCAACUACAUCUCCCAUCGGGCUCUGCUCGUGGGAAAGCGCCCGAGACCACACUGGGUCUCUCGCUUGCAGCCUCUGCAGCCGGUCCAUUUUAUUGCAUUUCAGGGCUCAUUUUGAGAUGCUUGCAGCAAUGCUCGCAAGUUGCAAGGAGGGCAGCUCGGCACCGCUCCGCUGCCAGAAAAGAAUAAUGUCUUAUUUAUUCCUCCAGAGCCGCGCAGGGGCAUCGUUUUGCAAUGUUUGCAGCAGGUCCCAAACGAUGGAGCCUCCGCGCAAGUUCAUUUCUCUCCCCGCAAGGCGUUUUCAGCUCCUGGAACAUUAAAAGGUGAAUAGUUUUCCUCCUAACCUUUUCCAGGUCUCGCCUCCACAGCAAUUAUUAUUUUUCCCAGACGUUGUUUACCGUACCCACAUCGCAAGGCUCGAAUAACCCGUCCUUAGCUUCCACGCGACCAGGCAGCCGCUUUAUUAUUAAUAUUAUUGUUAUUAUUUGCAUUGCAUCCUCCGAUUAUUAAUAUUAUAGAAUGGUUCUCAUUGCAUGCUUUGAGCCGAACUGUGGAGCCUUCGGUCUGAAAAGCGGCAGGGAGAGAACAAACCAACCGCUCAGAUGACACGUUUCGCUUAUAUAAUAAUGAUAAUCAUAACGAUAAUAAUAAUAAUAAUAAUUAAUAAGAGAUCUGCACAGAAAACAAUAGAAGUAACGUCCUUUAUCAAUUCAUAUAAAUACGAACAAUAUUUUCCAAUAGCACUUCCUAAAAGCCAAAUAAGGCUUAAUUAAUGAGCACCAUAGAGAUGUAAAAGAUGUAUAAUAAUGAUAAAAAUAUGGAUAAAUGUGCAAUGGUGCGACGUGGAGACUGGCAAGUGCAUCUCUCUCUGUGUGCGUCUCUCCGGUCUUUUUAGCGCCGAGUGAAUACCAUUUUUUAUUAUUCAAGUAGCCUUUUAACUGCGUUUUAAAUCUCGACUUCAAACAAUUUCACGGAGCCUCCGCGCAAAGAAGUUUGUGGCUGCCUUUCCUUGCUCAUUGUCUAAACAACAACCACAACGACGUUGUGCUUUUCACAUUUUAAGCCGCCCAGGAAAACCCAUAAUGACGGCGAUCGCCAUCACCGGCGAUGUCGCUCCGUUUUAUUAGCUCUCCCAGCGGCUAUUAAUAAUCUGUGAUUCGCCUACUACAACUCCCAGCAUGCCCCGCGGGCCCCUUCCCGCCCCUUUCCGCCGAAGCCCAAGAGGAGGAGGCGGAGACGCCUCGGCGACUACAACCCCCGAGAUGCCCCGCGGCGAGGCGGGCGCCUCGCGGGGCUGAUCCCUGUGCGCGCGGGGCAUGCCGGGAUCUGUAGUCUCGCCGCCCUCCCGGCUCUCGUAACGGUUCUGCCGGCUGGCGCUGGCCCCGCCCCCUCCUCCCUCUCCGGCUCCCUCCUCCCUCCCUCGCCCGCCUCAGCCAGGAGCCUCGGCGCUGCGCUCCCUCACAGCCCCGCUCGCCCGCCGCUCGCCCACAAAGCUCCGCGUCCUUGGCUCCCUCGCAGAGGCCUCCUGCUCCCUCCUCGACGCCCCCGGAGGACGCUGCUGCUGCUGCUGCUGCCGCUGCUACGCGAGGGGAGGCUGGAGCCCCGGAGCCCCGCCGACGAGGAGAAGCCGGAGGCGACGAGGACGAGGAGGACCCCUGCUCCCAGACCCGCAGGUGGGAAAGGGGGGGCGAGGGGGAGGGGGACACCCCCCGCCAGAAAACCCCUCAGCCUCCCCCUCACGCGUCGUCGAGUUCCCCUCCCCCCUUCGCUGGGGGGGAGGGGAGCCCCUCGAAGCCCCCCCAUGGGGCCCCUCGGUAACCCCCCUCGAUAUCCCCCAUAGACCCCCUCAGCUUCCCUCAUAGACCCCCUCGAUGACCCCCCCUCAGAGCCUCCCUCAUAGAUCCUCAUAGACCCCCUCAUAACCCCCCUCGAUAUCCCCCAUAGACCCCCCUCAGCCUCCCUCAUAGACCCCCUCGAUGACCCCCCCAUAGACCUCCCUCAGAGCCUCCAUGAUAGAUCCCCAUAGACCCCCUCGGUAAUCUCCCCUCGAUAUCCCCCCAUAGACCCCCUCAUAGCCUGCCUCAUAGAUCCCCAUAGACCCCCUCGGUACCCCCCCUUGAUAUCCCCCCAUAGACCCCCUCAAUAACUCCCCAUAGAUCCCCUUGGUAACCCCCCUUGAUAUCCCCCCAUAGACCCCCUCAAUAACUCCCCAUAGACCCCCUCGGUACCCCCCCUUGAUAUCCCCCCAUAUACCCCCUCAAUAACUCCCCAUAGAUCCCCUCGGUACCCCCCCUUGAUAUCCCCCCAUAGACCCCCUCAAUAACUCCCCAUAGAUCCCCUUGGUAACCCCCCUUGAUAUCCCCCCAUAGACCCCCUCAAUAACUCCCCAUAGACCCCCUCGGUACCCCCCCUUGAUAUCCCCCCAUAGACCCCCUCAAUAACUCCCCAUAGAUCCCCUUGGUAACCCCCCUUGAUAUCCCCCCAUAGACCCCCUCAAUAACUCCCCAUAGACCCCCUCGGUACUCCCCCUUGAUAUCCCCCCAUAUACCCCCUCAAUAACCUCCCAUAGACCCCCUCGGUACUCCCCCUUAAUAUCCCCCCAUAUACCCCAAUAACCCCCCAUAGACCCCUUCGGUAACCCCCCUUGAUAUCCCCCCAUAUACCCCAAUAACCCUCCAUAGACCCCCUCUGUAACCACCCCCUUGAAACACCCUCAUAGCCACCUUGAGUUCCGUCAGAGAAAAAGGUGGGAGAUAGAUAAACAGAUAUAAUAUGAUAAUAUAUUAAAUAUAUAUAAUGCAUUAUAUUAUAUCUAUAUGUAUGUAUCUAUCAUCUAUCAAUCUGUCUAUCUGUCGCCCCCUUAGCCUCAGAGAGUGUGGGAGAGAGGGGAAACCCUAGCAGGGUCAAGUGUAAGGGGUCUCCUCGGUUUUCUCCCCCUUUUUCUGUGCCCCCCCCCGCCAAGUUCUUGCAGUCGUGGGGGGCGGGGUGUGUGUCUGGGAAGCUAAUGUGGGGUCGGGCUUGUUAGUGGUUUUAUUAUUUCUGGCCUGCAGUCUCAAGGUAUUGGCGUGUUUAGGGGGAUGCCGAGGAUGCUGGUGGUGCGUAUGUGAAAUGUGUGUGGGGGUAUGCACAAGAGAGGGAUCAAGGCAAGUUUUUUUGGGGGGGGGGGCGGUGCAGAAUCACUGAGGAGGGGCUGCCUCAGAGUGCUUGCUUUGUUAAGGUUAAAGGAUUGUUUUUUUAGGUGGGGGGGAGCAGAGGCAAUUUGUGCAUGCGCAUGCAUGUUAUGUAUGUAUGUGUGUGUGUAUAUAUGUGUGUGUGUGUGUGUGUGUGUGUGAGAGAGAGAGAGAGAGAGAGAGAUAUUGUGUACUCUUAUUAAUUUGUAUGCACCCUUUAAAAAUAUUUUAGCCGGGAGAUCUGGGAAAGAGAUGCCAUGCUGCGUGAGGACAGGGUUUGUGGGUCUGUGUUGGGACCCCUGACCUCUAGUGACAUGAAGGGUGGGAGAAAUUGUCAGGAGUGUGUUGGGGUUCAUUUGUGUGUUGAUGGCUCAGUGCAUAGCUGUCAACUUUCAGAUUUGAAAAUAAGGGAUCAGCAGCCUCACCUGUCCCGGACGGGAUAUCUAACAAUCCGGGAUAGCAGCAGGAAGCAGCGGGAAACGGCGAUGGAAUAAGGGAAUUUCCCGUAAAAAAAGGGAAGGUUGACAGCUAUGGCUCAGUGUGGUGUGGAACAUGCAUCCUUGCACGUGAAUCCUUUUGUGUGUUGUGAGACGGUGGCGGCGGUGCAAUGGGAAAAUCCAGAAUGGUUGACUGAGAACCAGAGAGGCUCUAGGUUCAAAUCCCUGAUUAGCCACGAAACUCGCUGCAUGACCUUAGGCCAGCCUCUUGGCGCACACCUGCUUCACAGGGUUGAGGAUCACCUUGAGUUCCUUCGAGGUGGAGGAGAAUCAGGAUACGUAUAAAUUUAAGAAGGACGGAAAUGUCAAAAGGCCUUUACAGUAAGCAUUGGGGGACAUAGCAUGUUAGCAUUGGGUAGGGGCAGGAUAAUAAAAGGAUACUGAUCUCAGUGGGGUUUGGGGGUGGGUUGAUGUAGAUGUGAUACAGGGUUUGGCAAGAUGUUUGGAAUCUGGCACUUCCACAGGCUGGUUGUCUUAGAAAGUGGCAGUAUCCCAUGGGCAAGAUGGCUUUAACAGGUGGCAUUGGUGUGCCUGCGAUAGGGACAGAGGAAGUCCCUGUUAGAGUUAAGGGUUGGGACGAGGCAGAUGAUGGCAACAGGCACUGAGGCAAUGGGAGAUGGUAAAGGGCAUUGGCUUGGCAUUGACACAGGGCCCUGAUAUCUGGUGUAGCAGGGGCAAAGGAGCAUAGCAGGGGUGGGAACGCCGUGUGCUGGUACAGGGGUAUCACAAAAGCCCUGGGUUUGGGAAGGGGAAAUGUGUUUGUGGGUGAGACAAAAGGUAUAAUUAAACAAAAGGGAUAAUUAAACGGAUUUGGGAUAAUUUCUGGAUGCUUGCUGGGCGUUAUGGAGGAAAAGCAGGAUGGUAAUGCGUUGCCCACAAAAGGUUUAAGGUAGAUGGCUUUAGAACACUGUGGAUUAGUACAGGGCCAUAGCAUGAAAUGGGGAAUCUUUCUAGGUGCUUAGCAGGAUGGACCAAGAAACACUGUGGUGGAAAUCAUGAGGGAAUCAAACAGCAUGCUUUGGGGGUGGAUGAGGGGGAUGCACCAAAAGCCAGGGUGAGCAUGUGAAAGGAGUGCACAGGAACUAGGGAUUGCAAGCCCGCAUGCCGGCAAUACGUUUUGAAAGAAUUCCAGCAUGGUGCCAUGAGUGAACUUGAUUAUGGCACUAGUAUAGGUACGAUAUUGGCCACUGGGCGAGAACUGGAUGGGCACAUCAUGUUUUCUGUCUUAAUGAAGCAGUUGUUUAAUAUGAUUGUUUAGGCAAAGGGUAAAUUGGGGUAUUGCUGAUAGUGAGAUAGGUAACAGCAGGUGAGGGUAGCGAGAAAACAACUUGAUGGGACGGGUCUGGGAUGGGGUAUCUAAACUUGUUCAUACUCAGCAUGUAUAUCCUGCCAUCAAAGGUUAAUAUUUGGGGAAGAGAUUGGGAGAAAUUGGUGUUCGAAACUCGCAUUGUUCUAGAUGCGUUUUGCGACAGGGAAUUUCAUUAAUGCGAGCAGUUUCUGAGCUCUGGGCGCAGUACUGAGCCUAAGAUUUCAGAUUGAAACUGCCACUUCUGGAAGAAAAGGAGGACCUUUUUCUGCCUCCCCACAUCCAGCCACUCUCUGAAGACUGGAGAAGGGACCCUCAAGAGAAUAUUAGGAGGAUGGGCAGGGAGAGGACUCAGCCAUGUGAAAAAUGAACAUAAGAUUUUAGCUGCAGUUCAUUCAUUUUCAGCUUUGUAUUCUUGUUAUAGAAAAGCGUGCAUAGACACUCCAUUGCAGUGCCCAUAACCUCGGUUUAAGGCGCCAUUCAGUUUCUAACACUGGGAAGAAUGCCUUUUGGAGCGAUGGUGGCAGUGGCAAUAGGGAGAGGACCAAAUUACAGGAGUGGCUGUGAAAAUAAGGGAGCGUGUAAAGAUGGCAUACAUCCAGCUGAAUAGUGAUCAGUGCAGUGUAAUUUUGCCCAUGCCCGCUCAAAAGUGCCCCUUGAGUUUGGUGGGACUUACUGUCAGCUAAGCGUGUAUGGGAUUGCAGCCUAAAUAUAUGCUUCCUCAGCUGAGCUUCCGCAGCAAUGUUUCAUAAGCAUAGCACCUCUUGAGCGUCAUGAAUGUUCAGUGCAGAGUAUUGGAAUGUGCACACUUAGAGAAUGACUUCUACGUGUACUAUGCCAGACUGAUCUGUGAUGAGGUGCUGUGGGAGUUACAUGCACAUUUUAGAUAGAGGAACGCUGCAUUUUGCAAGAGCGUGGGGAAGGUAAGAACUGGGAUUCUAAUUUACCUCCCCUCCUCUUGGGAAGGAGAAUUAAGAGCACACAUAUACUUGCUUAGCAUCACUGCAGUUCCUGAACGGCAAAUACUCUGAACCUUUACUACCUCGUCUGAGCUUUGCAAAGGGCAACUCUUGGAAGUUACUCCGGGGCUGUGCAAGAAGGAUUCUUUUAGAGAAACUGGGGAAUGUGUGUGUUCUGCAACGUUCCUUUUUUGCAUGUAAAUCACUUUGGACAUUGUGUGGAUGGUAGUGACCACAUAAAAUAAAAAUCGGCAUCAGUAUAUUUGCCUAAAAUGUAGCUAGGGCUGCCCUUGUACGUACUGGGAAAAGCAAAUGGAUGGGUGUUGUGUAACCCUAUGUAGUGGGGAAUGAAUAUGGUUUCUGCCUUGUCUUUAAUGAUGUGCUGGAACCCAAGCUUUGGAUUUGAUGUGAUUGAAAAUGUCAUCAUGUAACAUCCGUGGGCUGAAAGCAGAUAUAUUGCAAGACUGAGAAAUGUUCAGCUGCAUUAAUUUUCUAUGAUGAAUACAGGGCUGGAAUGGGGAUAAAAGGUUUUUUAUAUUUAAAGAGAUUGCUGCAAGAGUUCAUUUAUUGGGACAGCAAUAAUAAGGGCAAUUAAGUUUAUCAUUAUAUUGCUGAUUAAUAGUGUUGAGGUGAAAGUAGUCCUGUGUUCAUCCUUCUUUGUAAACAGUCAUGAAAUAUGGCAAAAAACCCCUAUUCAUUGCUGAAAGGCUUUUUUGCUCUAGCAGUUCCUCCCACCCCUGCCCUGUUUGGUGAUAAGCAUUCAGGUUAUAGCUUGUAUUUCCUGUUGAUUGAAUUUCAUCCAGAAGGAAUUCAGUUUGUGCUGAAAACUGUCAAAUGUGGAAAAAUGAGCAGGUUGAGUUUUUCCUCUCAUCUGUCUCCCUGCCUUCCUUCAGACAAAGGCAUGUUGUGUUAGCCAACGAGGGGGAAAGGCAAUUGGUUCCAUUUAUGUUUUAAUCAAAAUAUGAUUUCAGAUGCAGCAGAGUAUUUGUUCUCACUGAGAAGUUGCGAUGGUGAAAGGAAGGGCAUUUCUUCAAGAAAUGCAGAUGAUGAAAGCAUCUUAAGGGAAACAUUUUGCUGGGCUUGAUUGAAUCAACAGUGUUAUUUGGUGAUGAAAUGUUAACUGUGAAGUGGCUGCUGAUUAUAGUCUGGUUAGAGCCAGAGGGGAGUAUAAUGAGGCAGAAUACAGGCUGCAGACCAAAAAUCAUUCUGCCAUCAAAUCACAUCUUGGCCAUUUAAUUUUUCCCCCAAUUGCCACCUUUUUUUUGCAAUAUCUGCCUGGUUUAUUAAAUUAUACAUAUUAACUACUUACAGGGGUUGGAACAUGUAUUUCAGUUACUAAUGAAUUCAUAGAGAAAUAACAUUUAAUAUUUGUAAACAAUUUUCCUGAAUGCAGGUAAGCUUAAUAACUCUGUGUUAAUCCCUCAAUAAACAAUAUUAAUUGUUGAUUGGCAAUCCAGUUCUAAUCUACAUAAUUAUUUUUAACUCCUGUUUGAAUCAGUGGAAUUUGUUCCUGGUGAUAACAUGACUUACGAUCAUAAUACUAUUGGGAAGGGGGUAUGGUUGAACCCAGGUUAUCUGGUUCAUUAGCCUUUGUUCAGUGCUAAGCAGUUACCCUAUAGCAGACUGCUAAAUAGUUGACUGGGGGUUUUUUGGGCUUCAUUUUGCACCUGGAAACAAUUCACUCCUUCCUGGCUGGUAUUAGCUGUUGAUAGUAUAAAUUCUGCCAGCUAGCAGUAGCUGGGACCUCCAGUCUCCUUUACUGCCCUGCUUUCUCUGCUUGCAUCCGUGAGGCUCCAGCUCUUUCUGGUCUUUGGUGUUGCAGUCAGCCUUUCAUAUUUUCUGAAUGCAAAGAAACAAUCCCAAGCUGUUCCCUAUGUGAUAGUGCAUAGAAGGACCCCAUUUCAGGACCUUGACCCUCUGUACAGACCAUGGGUAGGCAACCUAAGGCCCGGGGGCCAGAUCCGGCCCAAUCGCCUUCUAAAUCUGGCCCGUGGACAGUCCAGGAAUCAGCGUGUUUUUACAUCAGUAGAAUGUGUCGUUUUAUUUAAAAUGCAUCUCUGAGUUAUUUGUGGGGCAUACAAAUUCGUUCAUUUUCUCUCUCUUCAAAAUAUAGUCCAGCCCCCCACAAGGUCUGAGGGACAGUGGACUGGCCCCCUGCUGAAAAAGUUUGCUGACCCCUGGUAUAGACCUUGGACCUUAUGAUUCACCUGCUAUUGUAGUAUGCCUCUUGGCCCUGAUCCUGCAAGGCUGUUCAUACUCUAGCCUCUAGCAGAUUAACUGUCAGGAUAGCUAACUGAUUUUAGUAGGUUGCACCUGUAGCAGAGGGUACUCUGCUGUGUCCCAUCAUUGUGCACUGGGAUUUUCCCCUUCUUCCCCAAUGCCUUCCCCAGAUCUGCUCCAGAACAGAUUUUGGGUGCAUGCUGGGGGGUCAGGGGAAACACUCCUUUGUGAAAGCAGAAUUCCUUGCACUGUCGAAACUUCAGGCGUAGUUGUUGUUUAGUUGUUUAGUCGUGUCCGACUCUUUGUGACCCCCUGGACCAGAGCACGCCAGGCACUCCUGUCUUCCACUGCCUCCUGCAGUUUGGUCAAACUCAUGUUUGUAGCUUCGAGGACACUGUCCAACCAUCUCGUCCUCUGUCGUCCCCUUCUCCUUGUGCCCUCCAUCUUUCCCAACAUCAGGGUCUUUUCCAGGGACUCUUCUCAUGAGGUGGCCAAAGUACUGGAGCCUCAGCUUCACGAUCUGUCCUUCCAGUGAGCACUCAAGGCUGAUUUCCUUCAGAAUGGAUAGGUUUGAUCUUCUUGCAGUCCAUGGGACUCUCAAGAGUCUCCUCCAGCACCAGAAUUCAGAAGCAUCCAUUCUUUGGCGAUCAGCCUUCUUUAUGGUCCAGCUCUCACUUCCAUACAUUGGAUUCCACCCAGACUGUGUUCAUAGGCUUGAGCUGCAAUCAUCAAAAUAAUAGAGGUAGGGUUACCGUAUUAAUGUAUAUGUUUGUCACAUUUACAUACUGCUUUUUCACCAGUUUCCAUUUAAAAGAAUGGGCACACGAGAAAGGCAGGAAGAAAUUAAAGCAAACCCAUACCAUGGACAUUGAGGGGAGAGUCCAGAUGGCAGUUUAUUUUAUUUUUACAUUGAUAUUCCACUUUUUUCUCCAAGGAGCUCAAGGUGGUGAACAUGCUUCUCCACCUCCCCAUUAUAUCACCACAACAACCCUCUGAGGUAGGAUAGCCAAGACUGUGACUGGCCCAGCGUAACCCAGUGAGCUUCAUAGCUGAGUAGGGAUUUGAACCCUGGACCAUGUAUUUCCCCCCCCCCCCAAUAAUAAUACUGGAGUAAGCAGAUUCGAAGGGGGAGAUUUCGUUCGAUUAAUAAUUUGUUACUAAUUUGCUAAGAAAUAGCUCUUGGGAAUAGCUUAAAUGUUAAAUCUGAGCAACACUAUAGUUAUGAUGUGAAAUGUCUAUUUGAUUAUUUUUCUCUAGUGAGGCUGAAUAAUGCACCUGUCAGUUUCUUUAUUCAAAUGCUGCUGUGUCACUUGUCGGAUUGAGCUUUGACUAAAGUACAUCUAAAAAGAAAAACUGCCUGUAAUGAACUUUUUUGUGUGCGAAACAUAUAGUGGUUGGUAUGCCCCCCUCCCCCAAAAGUGAGAACAGCAUUGAUGGCCCUCUAUACUUCUCCGACAAUUGAGAAAUCCCAAUGAGGAAUAAUUGCUGUUGUCCGAGAACACAAAACAUCUCUUAGGCAACAACCCAGGAUGUUUUAGAAAAUUGUCCCUGUUCUGACUCCCUGCAGUAUUUCGGCUCAAGCAUAGCAAAAUUUCAUCUAAUCAGUCUUGGAAAUGCAGGUAAGCCCUGAAAUGGCCACAAUUGCAGAGGCACCCUGCUUAGGCAGCCUGAGUGUACCCUUCAGCCUAACAAUUGUUUCUGACUCAUUUUUAAAAAUGCUACAAUCAUGGUUGGAUAUUUUAUCUUCUUUCAUAAAAUGCUGGGUGGCUGGAGAUGAUGAGCUUGUUAAAAGGGAAACACUAUUUAUGUGCUUUCCCUCCCAAGCGCUCUGUCUGCCCUUCAGUCCAGUUUACAAUCUUCAUUUGUCUUCACUUAAUGCCUUUCAGCCUUGAUUAUAUCUGCUGGAGCUCUUGAUUUGAGCUCUUUUCCAGCCCUUUUCUAUGCGUCCCAGGUUUUCCAUUCGGAGAUCUUGCUCAGCCGAGAUCUUCUUUGGUUUGAUGGCUGGAAGUGAGCUGGCCCCAGGUUUUGUGGGCGCUGGGAUGCAGAAAUGUUUUCAACAAAUUAUCUAUCAUUUGUCCUUAAAGAGCCGGUGGACUUGAACUGGCAUUCAGCCUUGUGAGCUGUGACCCCCUUCAGCAGGCUGUAGUCCACAAAUACCUUGUACGCUAGAAAGGUUUAAGGUUCCACAAUACCUUGGUCAGGGCCGGAUUUAGGUUUGAUGAGGCCCUAAGCUACUGAAGGUAAUGGGGCCCUUUAUAUGUCUAGCUGUCCUUUGUCAACAACAAAUGGUCGCUGUUUUUUGUGUGGAAUAUAUGCUAGAUGGUAAUUUAUGGACCUAAUAGGUAUCUAAAGACAUCUGCAUAUGAUGCCAUGCAAGCAGGCUAAUAUGAUGACUACAAACAUCAUAUUACAUGUACAUAUUGUUUGUGGUCUUAACAUAGGGUACUGUUUAUUUGAUGAAUCACUUCCCAUUGAAGCUUGAAGUGAUUUCAUAGUAAAAACAGUUCCACUCAGGGAAGAGUGGGGCCGUAGAAAUUAUGUUUUAGAAAUGUGUCUAUCUUACAUAUAGACUACAGUCUGUAGCAAGAGAACAUUUUUCAGUAGGAUGACUGUGACCUGUAAGCAACAAAUCUUACAGGGCUGUGUGAGGACAAGACGUGUCUUUCACUCCAGAUAGUGGAUGCUCUCAUCCUCAAUGAUAGGAAUCACGUGUGUGCCUCUGCAUGUAGACAGAUGCAUUACCUGCCCCCCUCAGUCUUAGCAGCUAUACAAAUCAUCCCUAUAUGUGCACACGCACACUCACCCCACUAUAACGACAAACAUUUUGCUAAUACUUAAUUUUAUUAACAAGGGACGCGGGUGGUGCUGUCGGUUAAACCACUGAGCCUAGGACUUGCCGAUCAGAAGGUCGGCGGUUUGAAUUCCCGCGACGGAGUGAGCUCCCGUUGCUCGGUCCCUGCUCCUGCCAACCUAGCAGUUCGAAAGCACGUCAAAGUGCAAGUAGAUAAAUAGGUAUCGCUCCGGCGGGAAGGUAAAUGGCGUUUCCGUGCGCUGCUCUGGUUCGACAGAAGCGGCUUAGUCAUGCUGGCCACAUGACCCGGAAGCUGUACACCGGCUCCCUCGGCCAAUAAAGCGAGAUGAGUGCUGCAACCCCAGAGUCAGCCACAACUGGACCUAAUGGUCAGGGGUCCCUUUCCCUUUCCCUUUAAUUUUAUUAAGACACAUUUAUUUCCUUACCUUAAAUGACAACUUGGGGAAAAUAGCAGGGAACUUGGUCUUCACCCUAAAUCAGUAUUUGCUCGAAUGGGAAAAGCAUAGACUCGAAUGGUGCAGGUUAGUGCUGUAACAUUCGUGUUGGCAUUCACGCUUACUGGGAGCGUCGAACAUUCCUUUACAGAUGUAUUAACAAUGUUGUCAUUUAGUUGUUUAGUCAUGUCCGACUCUUCGUCACCCCAUGGACCAGAGCAUGCCAGGCACGUCUGUCUUCCACUGCCUUCAGUUUGGUCAGACUCAUGCUGGUAGCUUCGAGAACACUGUCCAACCAUCUCGUCCUCUGUCGUCCCCUUCUCCUUGUGCCCUCCAUCUUUCCCAACAUCAGGAUCUUUUCCAGGGAGUUUUCUCUUCUCAUGAGGUGGCCAAAGUAUUGGAGCCUCAGCUUCAGGAUUUGUCCUUCCAGUGAGCACUCAGGGCUGAUUUCCUGCAGAAUGGAUAGCUUUGAUCUUCUUGCAGUCCAUGGGACUCUCCACAGUCUCCUCCAGCACCAUAAUUCAGAAGCAUCCAUUCUUCGGCAAUCAGCCAGGUCCAGCUUAUGGUCCAGCUUUCACUUCCAUACAUCACUACUGGGAAAACCAUAGCUUUAACUAUACAGACCAUUGUCAGCAAGGUGAUGUCUCUGCUUUUUAAGGUGCUGUCUAGGUUUGUCAUUGCUUUUACCCCAAGAAGCAGGUGUCUUUUAAUUUUGUGACUGCUGUCACCAUCUGCAGUGAUCAUGGAACCCAAGAAAUUAAAUCUCUCACUGCCUCCAUUUCUUUCCCUUCUAUUUGCCAGGCGGUGAUGGGCCCAGUGGCCAUGAUCUUUGUUUUUUUUUAUGUUGAGCUUCAGACCAUAUUUUGCACUCUCCUCUUUCACCCUCAUUAAGAGAUUCUUUAAUUCCUCCUCACUUUCUGCCAUCAAAGUUGUGUCAUCUGCAUAUCUGAGGUUGUUGAAUAGGAAUACAGUAUUCAUUUGCCCUUGAAGCAUGGUGAUUCCUGUCUAGUGUUGUGAUGAGCUUAGGUUUUCUCCCCCCCCCCCAAAAAAAUAUAUUAUUGGGACUACAAAAACAUGCCUUGAGUAUGAGACAUCAUUAAUCAGCCCUUGGUAAUUAAACCCAAGUAAUUCAGAUAGCAGAAUGCUAAUUAACAUUUUUUCCCCAUAAAGCUUGACAAUUUCAGAAAGAAUGCAAAGUCUGACUUCCCAAACACAUUUGAAAUUUGGUUGUGAUCUUCGGGGUUCAUCCCACUUCUCCACACCCCUGGGGCAGGAACAUCUCUCUCAAGGCAUAGAAUCUGAAAGGGGGCUUGUGGGUCUUAGGGAGCCUGGGGCCAGGUGACUGGUUCCAGGGAAGCAGCUUGUUGUUCCAGAUCAGGGGUCAGCAACCUUUUCCAGCAGUGGGUCGGUCCACUGUUCCUCAGACCUUGUGGUGGGCCGGACUAUAUUUUGAAAAUAAAAAUAUGAAUGAAUUCCUAUCCUCCACAAAUAACCCAGAGAUGCAUUUUAAAUAAAAGAACACAUUCUACUCAUGUAAAAACACUGAUUCCCAGACCAUCCACGGGCCGGAUUGAAAAGAUGAUUGGGCUGCAUCCGGCCGUGGGCCUUAGGUUGCCUACCCCUGUUCCAAAUGAUAGCAUAACUUCCACAGCUUCCUUUCACUAAAGGGCCGAUAAACCCUUGAGGUGAUGAUCACUUCCACUGUAGUGUCUCUCCACUCUUUGAAUCCCUGUGAUAACAAAGAUGCACUACAAGUGUUCCCUAGAGAGUCAGGAAUAACAGGCUGUUUCAUUUAGGAGGUACCAGCCGAUCAGAAGCUCGGCGGUUCAAAUUCCCACGACGGGUGAGCUCCCGUUGCUCGGUCCCAGCUCCUGCCAACCUAGCAGUUCGAAAGUGCGUCAAAGUACAAGUAGAUAAAUAGGUACCACUCCGGCGGAAAGGUAAAUGGCAUUUCUGUGCGCUGCUCUGGUUUUGCCAGAAGUGGCUUAGUCAUGCUGGCCACAUGACCCGGCUCCGACGGCCAAUAAAGCGAUAUGAGCGCCGCAACCCCAGAGUCGUCUGCGACUGGACCUAAUGCUCAGGGCUCCCUUUCCCUUUCCCUUUAGCCCUUGAAAGCAAGUUGAUUGGACUAUGUCAAGAACUGCUAACUGGACUUUUGAGAAGAUUGUCCAGUAGCACCUUAGAGACCAUCUAAAUUUGUUCUGGGUAUAAGCUUUCGUGUAUAUGCACACUUCUUCAUUAAUCUUCAGAUAUCUUCAGGUGCUACUGAUCUGAAGAAGCGUGCAUGCACACGAAAGCUUAUACCCAGGACAAACUUAGUUGGUCUCUAAGGUGCUACUGGACAAUUUAUUUUAUUUUAUUAUUUAUUUUGACUGUGUCAGACCAACAUGGUUACCUACCUGAAUCUGGACUGUUGAGGGAAUAGGACUUUAAGAUAAAUGGGACACUGUUUUUGUUAGAUUUCUCCUAAUGAUUAGGCUUUCUUACCAUAUUUUGGUUUUUAUAGAUCUGGUAAUUGAAAGCCAUUAGGUGCAGGUUUGAAACUGUUUUGAAAAUACAGAGAACAAUAAACUGCAGUUACGUUCAAGGAAGGAUUUUAGGUUAGAUUUUUUUUUUAAAAAAAUGUAAGUUAAAUGGGUGUCUUAAUUUAGAAAUGGGCCUUUCAAAGCAGCUAGUGAAAAUAACGAUGAAAGGUACCUAAAAUACAAAACACUAAAAUUAGCAUAAAAAAUAAUGUUGCAAAUAACAAAAAUGGAGUGGCAGCCACAGUGGCGCAAUCACAUCUUCCCUCUGCCUUUUUCUGUUAAUUGAAAUGGAAGUGAAAAAUAGCAGAGCUUCAGAUGGCAGACUCUUUAUUUGUUUUAUAACACUUGUAUCCUGCCUCUUGGUAAGCUCAAGGCAAUUCAUGACAGGAAAAAAGCAUCCCAAUAUAAUUAUUAAUAACUCCUUAAUUACAUAGGAAACCAUAAAUAUAACACACUGUUAAUUAUAGCACCCAGCUCCAAAAGCAGCAGUAAAGUUUGAAACCUCCCUGCAAUCUCCAGACGUUAAGCAGUGUCAAUGAGCUUUAUAGAGGUUCCUCAGUGAAAAUACUGAGGUAAAAUUUUGCAGCUCAACUCAGGGGCCACUAUUAAGAAGGUCAUGCUAAUUCCCAUCAUGGUCCUUUCUUCUCUUAAAGUUAGUACUUGAGCAAGCACUUGCUAAAUUAUCUUAUUCUCCAGCACAGGGGAGGCCUAAGAGGUCUGCAAGCCUCAGGCCAUAUUUAAAUAUUGCUUUUGCCCUGUUAAAUAUGAUUAUUUUGACCAUGUAGAAAUCCCUUACUAGCAAGGUUAGUGGUACAUAAUUUGAGUAGUGUUUUUCCUAGGGAUUCCUAAAACUGUGAACACUUGACCAGAUCAACAUUUCCCCCCAGGCUGAUUGACUCUAUACCCCAUAGGACUUUGCCUGCUUAUCUGUAUGUCUUAAUAAGCUUUCCAUUUUUAUCUCUCUGGGGUUUUGGUCUGUGUAGUCAUGUAAAGCCUCAAGCCAGUUAAUUUGUCCAUAAUCCAGUUAAGAAGACGUUCUUAAAUUUAAACAAAGUUAAAAACUAAUUGCCUGAUCCUGCCAUGUUAAUAGAAGCACCUCAGGGUAGAUUUUCCUGGUGCACAUAGAACAUCCACUUUAUCAACAGAAAGAGUGAUAUGUUUGUCUACCCAUUUGUUUUAGCUUAUAAUGAGUUACAACGUACAGAAAUUAGCACCUAUAUACCAUAAGUAAUAUAACAAUAUGGGUAUCUGAGUUUUCAAAAUCCUAGAGUUUAUAUUGGAUUAGAGCAGCCUUUCUCAACCUUGGGUCCCCAGAUGUUGUUGAACUACAACUCCCAUCACCCCUAGCUAGCAAGGCCAGAGCUCAGGGAUGAUGGGAGUUGUAGUCCAACAACAUCUGGGGACCAAAGGUUGAGAAACACUGGAUUAGAGUAACAUAUUUAUUUAUUACGUAUGUGCCUUACCCUGCCCCCUUCACCCUAGAGAAGGCUGGGUACAACAGUUUGAAAUGGGUACUCCUGGCAACCUGUAACCACCUGUGCUUCAGGUGACAGUACUGCAUCAAGGACCACCCCAAAUAAUGCCCCUGUGCAACCCCGUCCACACCUGGUAGUAUUCCUACUUCCUGUGCUCAGGAACCCCGAAUACAUAGCAUGUCUAUCUUGUCUAGAUUCAGCUACAGUUUAUUGGCUCACAACCAGCCCAUUAUUGCCUCCAGGCAAUGGCUCAGCAGCUCAACUGCCACUCCUGAUUCGGAUGGAACAGGUAGAGCUAGGUGUCACCAGCAUAUUGAUGGUGUGCCUCAUAAAAGUACAUUGCCCCUCAUAAAGCACAUUGCAGUGGUCCACCCCUGAAAUUACCAGGACAUGGAUAGCUGUGGCUAGGCUAUCUGUACCCAACAGGGGUCAAAUGCACACCAUGGCAUGUGGAACUGUGGAUCCCCUUUACGUAUAUUCAUCUCUCCUGUGUCACUGGUGAAUGUACCAGCCAUGGAAAGCAACACACAGACUCUUGUUUUAGCCCUACAGAGAGCAGCAAAAUUGUACUUGCUCUGAAGGGAGCAAGCACAGCUUCCCAAGAGCCUAAAUGGGGAGUUGGUAACCAUAUCCCAAGAGAUCUUGGCUGCCUUCCUCUCUGCCAAAUUCCCUCAGCCUGACCCCUCUGAUUUGUCCACAAAACAACUCUGAUGGAGGGACUGAUGAGAUCAGAAUCAAGGUGUCCUUUUGUAUUUACUGAACAUACUAAAAAGUUUAAAGUGAUAUAAUCUCACUUUGUAAUUAUUUUAUUACUAAACUUUAUUAUGUAGGCUCUAUAGAUUUCUUGCCCUUGGUUUUGUACUGCAGAAUUGCUAUUAAUUUUGCAAUCUGUAUCACACCGUUCGCGUCACAUCUGAGUGCAUUAACAAAUCAUAGCAGAAUUAAGCCCAAGGAAACAAAAUGAUAAUUGUUUUCAAAUGGGGAUAAGUGAUUCCCCCAGCCCUUCUUAUCAAAGUUGAUAAUGCCCUCCCAGAUAUCCUCGAAGGCAAAUUAUGCUGAUGUCUUGUAUCAUAACCCAGAAGACUACCAAAUGUAGUCUUAGCAAAUUAUAAUGUGGAACUGAUAAUGAAGCAGAAGUAUUUCCAUUGAAAAUGCCUUGGCAUUUCAGUGUCUCUGAUCAGCCCCAAAUGUAGCAUGCUGCCAUUUGCAAAAACACAGUUCUGCUAUGAGCCGACUUUGAGCUACCUGAUAAACAGAUGGGGACAGGACAGCUGAAGCUGUUGUACCAAACCCAAGAGCUUUAGCUCCAGUUCUCCUCUUCCCAGAGUGAUUGUGCAUCACCAUUUACCGUAUUUUUUGCUCUAUAAGACACACUUUCCCCCUCCUAAAAAGUAAGGGGAAAUGUGUGUGCGUCUUAUGGAGCGAAUGCAGGCUGUGCAGCUAUCCCUGAAGCCAGGAGAGCGAGAGGGAUCGGUGCACACCUGGCUUCAGGGAUAGCCGUGUGAAGCCUCUUCAGGGCAAUGGGAGGAACGCUCCCCCUUCCCUGAAGAGGCUUGGCACAGCUAUCCCAGAAGCCAGAACAGCAAGAGGGAUCGCUGCUUUCACUGCGCAGCGAUCCCUCUUGCUGUUCUGACUUCGCUUCGCUGGAGAGGUGCUGUGCAGAGAGGGAAAGCUGCGCAGCGCCCCUCCAGCAAAGCGGGAGGAGAUAUGGAAGGGGCUCCGUUUUUCCUGCCGCUUCGCUGAAGGGGCACUGCACGGAGAGUGAAAGCUGUGCAGCGCCCCUUCAGCAAAGCAGGGGAAGAAACGGAGCUCCUUCCAUUUCUCCUCCCGCUUUGCUGGAGAGGUGCUGCACAGAGAGGGAGAGAAUAUUUUUUUUCUUGUUCUCCUCCUCUAGAACUAGUUGCCUCUUAUGGUCGGGUGCGUCUUAUAUAAUGCGUCUUAUGGUCGGGUGCAUCUUAUAAAAUACGGUAAAUGUUCACUCUGUAUUUAUCUAAGAGGAGUGACUUUGAGGCAUAGAAUAAAGUGUAAAAUAAAAACAUUCACUUGUUGGUGCCGUGCAAACCCUUGGGAAAUAGUCAUAAAAAGGCUUUGCCUGGCACUGGAAUGAUGACAGUGGUGCCAGGCAGGCCUUCCUGGAGAGAGCAUAGAUGAUGAUGAUGAUGAUGAUGAUGAUGAUGAUAAGUUAUUAUUAUAUGCCGCCUAUCUGAUGGGGUUGCCCCAGCCACUCUGGCCAGCUUCCAACAAGACGGAGAGCUAAUACAGAAAAGGACCAUAAUCUUGCUGCUGUCUCCCAGGCCUCCCUUUGGAGGUGAUGUGCAGACAGGGGCCUCGAAUGAUGAUCUUGGGGUCUGGGCCGUAGGUCAAAGCAGCACUCUGCAUAGUGCCCAGAGAACAGAUUGUCAGCCAGUGCAGUUGGGCCAGAACCAGUGCUAAAUGUUCAUGCCUUCCUGUCCCAGUUAACAGGCUGGCCACCAUGUUCUGCACUAUAAUUUCUGAACUCCGUUCAAACGCAGCUCUAUAACACAUUGCAGCAGUAUAACCUAGAGGUUAUUUGAGCAUAAACAAUGGAAGCCAGGAUCUCCCUGCUCAGACAGUGUUGCAGCUGGGUUACAAGUCGGCUCUUUUUUCCAGACUUAGAAAUUCUAUCUUAUGAAAACACAGGCAUUGAUACAGUAAAAUAAGCCCUAACCGUUGCAGAUGCUGUGUCAUAAGAGGAUAGUUUAUGUAUGUUGCUGUGCAAUUUUUCUUCUUCUUUCCCAUGGACUAUAUAUCUGCACAUCACAAAGGGAGUAAUAAGAUGGAGGUUUGAACUGCAAUUUCCUAGAAAUUGCUCCUUCUGGUAAACGAUCAUUCAGUCUCAAGCCCUCUGCUGCAGUGGAUGGAACAAUAAAUACAAUAAUGCUCUUUUAUCUUACAAAUAGUUGCUUAAAUGGGUUGUUUGUUUUUAAUGAUAGUAUGAUCCACAGGACUCAUAAAUGCCUGUGAUUUUAUUCUCAUGGAAAUAGCUUGCGUAUUUUGGCUCAAAAGUCUCCUGUUGUGGUUAAUUUCUAUAAUAUGCUAGCUAAUCUACUCUUUUUAUCCUCUGCAGAUCUAGUCUAGUGUUUCCCAUAUGGUUUGGUACUGUAAUUAGCCCAACAUACAGUCCAUUCUCUUUUGCGUUGGGCUGCCAGGUGGUUACUAGGUAACUGGCUAGUCUCCCUGAGUAAGAAUUCAUGAUAGCCCUGUGAUUAAAAGGUUGAGUUGCAAUUUAGAAAUGUGUGUUACUGUUGCUCUUGGGAAGUCACGAAGAAAUAUUUGCCAGUAGCAAAGGCCACCUUACAUAUGUCAUGACCUAUUUUGCUGCAGCAACUUUGCAUAAUUGAAGUGUCCUGCUGGUGCCAAAUUAUGGUUGAUAGAUCUGUUAGGAUAGACCUACCGUUUGGGCUCUGUGAAAGGGCCAAGAGGUGGCCAGGAGAAUACCUGUGCCGCUAUCACAGUUUGCUAGAAAGACUUUAAAAACCUAUAUGUAUCUGAAAAAGCUCUAAAAAUGUCUAUAUUUUAAGAGCCUUUCCAGCUGUUGUGGCAAACCACUGCAGCAGGACAGGUGAUGCCUGGCCACUUUACCCGUAAUGCCAGCCUCUGAGAAGGAUCAUCUUGGCCAGGCAUCCCCAAACUCAGCCCUCCAGCUGUUUUGGGACUACAGUUCCCAUCAUCCCUGAGCACUGGUCCUGUUAGCUAGGGAUGAUGGGAGAUGUAGUCCCAAAACAGCUGGAGGGCCGAGUUUGGGGAUGGUUGAUCUUGGCUCUUUUGCAGAGCCCAGGCAAGGGAGGUGGUGGUGAAGAAACUGCCAGUGCUAUUGCUCAGAUAAAGCAGGGAGGACAGAGGUGAGCAGCUGCUGCGGAUGGGAGUCUGGCCCAGUGGUGAGUGAAUGGGUGGCAGGUUGGGCCAGUGAGGGGUCCUCAGCAAGUGCCCUCCAUGACUGAAUGCCGGUCCUGGUCCUGGUCUUGACACCUUGCCAUUGUGAAUUUCCCCUGGAAGGUGAUAAUGGGGAGUUGCUCAUAAAAGGUUUUCUGGAGAGGAUUUACAGAGAAGUUACUUCCUUUCAUGUUUAUAGGGUGAAUUAAAUAAAUGUUUAUCUCCUGUGCUCUGCAUGAUGUGUUGGGCUGCAGCUGUUCAGGGUGUGCCUUAUGUAGUCCAUUAUCUAGCCCGCAAGCAUCUGACAGCAGUCGAGGCAGCUGAAGUCCUGAGUGUUUCAAGAAUUAUGUCCCCGAGAUACUUUCUCCUGCAAGUCUCUUCCAUUUCUCAAAGUACUGCAUGCUUUGAAAGGAUCAUGUUCCUUGCCGUCUCUGAGGAAGAUGUUGGAUGCUCUCUGAUCUGUGUGUUAUGUAGAAAAAGAAACUAAGACUCUUUGGUUGUAUUUGGUAGGCUGUGUGUAAAUACGCAUGUAUAAAUGUGUGUGUGCAAGCUGUUUAGUGUAUUUUAAUGAAACACGAGUGUUGCCUGUUUUUGUUUUUUUCAGGAUAGGGUGAGCAAGAAUUUAGGAAAUGUUUGUAUAAAGGAAUGCUAGGGAUUUGCCUCGCAGGUUAGGCGCCUAAUGUUUGCGUGCCACUUUCCCUCUUCAUUUUGAUUGAGUUGAACUUUUUCACGUUUUGGGUCUUUCAGAAGCAUUGCCUUGCCUGAGGUGUUUACACAGUGGAAGAACAGGAUGAUGUAGGUUUGCUUCGAAGGAUGUGUAUGUAUCUUACUCCUCCGUAUAUGCCAGUAACAAUUCAAUUUCUCCUGUGCUUUCUCUUAUUGUAGCAAAAAUGGCAUUGCACACAAAUAAGAAAAUGGUAUCGGAAGUGGCGCCAGAGUUUGCAGAAUACAAAGAAAUCUGCAGGCAGGGUGGGGGGAACCCCAAGGAGGAUGAACUGCCUCAUAAAACAGCCCCACAAUAACUCAAAUGGUGUGGGGUUUUGUGUGUCUGGGAGGGAAGAAACUGUCCGUGGGGAGAGGCAGGAACUGGGAUAGAAUGGAGGCGUUAGAAUGGAACCAAAAAACAUAUAGAUAAACAAAUCUAACCCGCAGCCCUCCAGAUGUUGGACUGCAUCAUCUUUGGUCAUUGCCCAUGCUAGCUGGAGCUGAUCCAAGGCCAUUUGGAGGGCCACAUGUUAGCCAGUUUCCAGUAUAUGGAAAAGUGCUUAGCAGUCUGGCCAUAACCAUCUGGAGCAAACUACCAGUCAACAUAUUAUUGCAGGUCCCCCUUGCAAGCUUCCUUGUAGUAAGGGCCGUCUUACUCAUAGGCGCUAGGGGUGCAGGAUGCCGGGCUCUCAGGGGUGCCAGGCCGAGAGUCCGGGGCCCAAGAGUUGAGUCCAGUGAAGAGUCUGCUCAUCGGUGGAAGCACCAUGACUGCCUCUUCUGCUGCGGGCGGCUCUGCGCCGCAAGUUCGGGCCAGCCAGUGAGACUGGGCAACCUGGGGGCGGGCGCCGGGCAGAUCUUUGCACCCCAGCGCUGCAUAGCUGCUUGUAGUGGUUGGUUGUAUGAUCAUUAAGAUUAUUUAAGUGUGCCUGUAUCAUUGUUUUACCCGCCGGAGCCUAAGGAAGAAGGGGAUGCUGGAGAUUUAUAUAAAUACAUAAAAUUAGAUUAUCUUUGGGGGCUCUCCAUUCCUUAGAAUUUCCAGGGCCAAGUAAUAAUUCCUUCUAGGCAAGUAGCUUACCUGUUCCUUCCUAAUCUACUACAUGUAUCCAUGGACCACAAUGCUCAGGCAUCUAAUCCAUGAAAGUCUGUGCCAUAAUAAAAUUUGUCUGACUUUAACAUUCCACGAGACUCUAUUCUGGCUUCAACAGACUAGGACAGCUAUCCCUCUGGAGAUUAUAUUGUCUAUAUUUCAAUGAUGUGGCUUAUUUUUUUAUUGGUCAUAGCCAUUAUUUUGCCUUGAAUUCCUCGUGUAGCCUAUUUAACGGCUGAACAUUGCUGAGAGAAAUAUAAGCCUCUCAAAAGAAUUGCCUUCACAGAGUACUCCUCCUCUGGAGUUAAUUGUGUGCCACCUUGAGUGUUUUUAAAGAGGAAUAAAUUAUCUAGUCAGCUGUCUUGGGCUCUGGUUGAGAUAGUCACAUGUGUAUAGGCUUGUGGAGGACUUCCUUAUUAAUUAGGAGUGCCUCUUUGGUGUCAUUACUUAAUUGGGUGCCACAGGAGCUUGAUGCAACAAGUAAUGCUCUUAAUUAGGGGAGGAGCCAUAGCUUAGUGUAGAACAUCUGCUCUGCACGGAGAAGGUCCCUGAUCUAGCACUGGGCAUCUCUUGGGUAUCAGGACUGGGAAGAGUGAGACAGUGGAGGACUGCUGUCAGUUAAGGGAAACAAUAUUGGCUUAGAAGGACCGAAAGUAUAAGGCAGUUCUGUAUCUAAGAAUCCAAAUCCUUUACAGGGUAUACAAUAACUGGUGUGUAUUGCUCAAGCCUAGUAUUUUAGCACCUAACAGCUGUGGUCUUCUGUGAGUAAGAUCUGUUAUUCUGUUUGCUGAAGUGCUUCUCCUGAUAACAGUUGGCUUCUCGGGUCUUUCACCGUCUAACAUUGUGCAGUUGAAUUUAAAGUGUGAUUGUCCAGCAGUUGUACCGCUUAGCACAGGGGUCAGCAAACUUUUUCAGCAGGGGGGCUGGUCCACUGUCCCUCAGACCUUGUGGGGGGCUGGACUAUAUUUUGAAAAAAGAAAAAAAAGUGAACGAAUUGCUAUGCCCUACAAAUAACCCAGAGAUGCAUUUUAAAUAAAAGCACACAUUCUGCUCGUGUAAAAACACCAGGCAGGCCCCACAAAUAACCCAGAGAUGCAUUUUAAAUAAAAGGACACAUUUUACUCAUGUAAAAACACGCUGAUUCCUGGACCGUCCGUGUGCCAGAUUGAGAAGGCGAUUGGACCUGAUCCGGCCCCCGGGCCUUAGUUUGCCUAUUCAUGGUUAGCAGAACUGACUUUAUCAAAAUUUUAGCACACAGCGUUCUAAGGUUAGACUUCUCUCUGGUAUGUUUGAGAAUGUUAGACUCUCUAGAAUAUGUGCAACGUAUGUUACACUAAGGACGCGGGUGGCACUGUGGGUAAAACCUCAGCACCUAGGACUUGCCGAUCGCAUGGUCGGCGGUUCGAAUCCCCGCGGCGGGAUGCGCUCCUGUCGUUCGGUCCCAGCGCCUGCCAACCUAGCAGUUCGAAAGCACCCCCGGGUACAAGUAGAUAACAGGGACCGCUACCCAGCGAGAAGGUAAACGGCGUUCCGUGUGCUGCGCUGGCUCGCCAGAUGCAGCUUGUCACGCUGGCCACGUGACCCGGAAGUGUCUGCGGACAGCGCUGGCUCCCGGCCUAUAGAGUGAGAUGAGCGCACAACCCUAGAGUCUGCCAAGACUGGCUCGUACGGGCAGGGGUACCUUUACCUUUACCUUUACCUAUGUUACACUAAACCAUGGUUUACUGCAGGGGUUGGGAAACCUUAAGGCCACAGGCUAAAUGUCACUCUCCAGGCCUUGAGGCUCUACCUAGGCAAUGCCUAUGUCCAAGGCCACACCCACUCCUUAGGCCACACCCCUUACUAGCCCUGCCCUCUGCCUUCCUCAGGGGCUGCAAAGUGUUCUUGAGCUGUGUUAAUGCCUCUUACUUGCCUGGAUGGAGAGGGUUUGUGUGGGUGUGUGCAUAUGUGUAGAAAAAACACUUUUGCAUGGCUGAAAUGUAGCCCACUGUACAAAGACAGCAGACACAUCCAUUGCUGCACCCACUUUAUCCUCUUGCCCCACCUACCAUUGGUAUGUGGCCCCCAGAAAGCUGCCCACAGUGGAAUGCGGCCCUUGAGCUGAAAAAGGUUCUCUGGCUCUGUUUAGUGCUAUUUAGAGGAGCCCGAGCGUAGUCUUGGCCUCACACAUUGUGCCCCCUCCCAAAAACGAGUAAUGAAGCUGGCUUGUUAAACCAGCCAUUGUUUGAAACAAGGCAGAAGCUUUAGCCAAGCUACUGUUUUUCUCCAUUUCAACCCCCCCCCCCCCCCGGCCUGCGAUAUAAGGCUAAUACUGACCUACAGUACCAAAUUGUCGUGUGGAUGUCAAACUUUGAACAAUGUAAAGAAGUCUGGAAAUCCCACAAGCUCGUAGCAAGCAUGUUAGUAGCCUAUGUGAAAUUCCAUUGUGUAUGCCUUUGUGGAACGCAUGGUCACGCACCAGGUAAGUUGUAAAGUUCAAGGCUUUUCUAAAGUACUCUAUAUUUUAGUAUUGGCUGGAGCUGGAGCUGGAGUUAACCGUUCCACUGAGUAUUUCUGUAUUCUUGUUCUCCAGUUCACCUUAAAAAGGGCUAAAUUCUGUAAAGCUUCAUAGAUCUGGGGUAUAGAUCACCCCACUAAUAUUGGGGUGAUGAGCAUUAGAGUUUGCAGAUGUUGCAAUUACAUAAGAAGGAAAGGAAAUGGCAUGACGUGUUACAAUUAUCAACAGAUAUAAAAAUGUUAACAAGUAUAUUAUGGAAAUACUAACAUGCCAUGUCAGAGCAUCUGUUUCGCUGAUCAUGUUAGAGUUUCAAAAAGAGAGGAUGAUAGGGAAUUUUCCAGCUUAAACCUAGUUUGCUUUAACCGCUGGGAAAUAUACUUUUAAGUUAAAGAAAUCAGUGAUUCUGAUUCUCUCUUUCUUUUACUACCAAGGAGAGAUAUUUACAAGAGAUAAUCUCUCCACUGCAGUGAUUGAUUUGUGCCAUGCAAAGUCUUAUUAUUCCUCUGAGGAACUCUGUUGAAGACAUCAACAUUGGACUGACUAGUGGAUGUGAAUAUAAAUGAGCAUUAGUGUUGACAUAAAAUCCUGCACGCAAAAAACGCAGCAUUGCUACAAUGACAGCAGACCAUAGGCAGUCCUAGAAGUAAUUUUCUCGGGACACAGAAUAGCUUUCAGGUGAUAAACCUCUGCGUGGAUAACACAUGUUGUUGCUUUAUGGGGCUUUUGUCAAACUUUGAAAAUAAAUCAAUAUACAGUACUUAGUGGGACAUGGACAGGUAGUGUCAAGAUGGGCAGGCCUUGAAUUUAGGUACAGUGGUACCUUGGGUUAAGUACUUAAUUCGUUCUGGAGGUCCGUUCUUAACCUGAAACUGUUCUUAACCUGAAGCACCACUUUAGCUAAUGGGGCCUCCCGCUGCUGCUGCGCCGCCGGAGCUUGAUUUCUGUUCUCAUCCUGAAGCAAAGUUCUUAACCCGAGGUACUAUUUCUGGGUUAGCGGAGUCUGUAACCUGAAGCGUAUGUAACCCGAGGUACCACUGUAUUUGUGUUUCUGCAACAGUCCUCCUUGCUGUUGAGAUCUAGCCGUGCACAAAAGCUGCAUAUUAAGAGAAACUGUUUUGGGCAGAAGACAAAGAGCUUUCAAACUUUUUCUAUCUGCUUCAGUUCCACUUUGGUGUUAUCAUUUUCAGUACUAAAUACUAGAAGUGUAAUGGUUGGUUGUUGCUUGUUCAACAGGAAGAUCCUCUGCUCUUUUGUUCCCAAGUGAUUUUGUCUGUCUCAAGUUCCCAACCUGGUGUCUCCUAUUUCCAACUCUGCUUUAUGUCUUCCCCCUUCCCCCUUUACUUUCCAACCCUGUGUGCCUGCCCUGCUGCAAGCUUGUGACUUCUAGCAAAAUGACCCUGUCUUCCCCCCACUGCACUGUUGCACCGACCUUAGACGCUGCCGCUUAGAGGCUGCAACCUGGCACUUUAGCCUGUUGAACUUGCCAAUGCUGUUCUGAUAACCUGGUUUAACAUCUGCCUUGGCAGCUCUGUGAAUAAGCCUGGACAAGUUAUUAGAUUGCACCAUUUUUACUAGUCCUUUUAUAGACAGAGCAGAAUUGCAAAUUGUGUACAACACAGAAGUUAAUUGCCACUUUAUUCACUUGGACGAAACCCUCCUGGGAUGGGAUGGGAAAGUGUGUGGCUAGGCACUAAAGGGGAGGGGAAGGAAGGACUAGGGAUGGAGAGAACCAGAGUCUUGAUUCUUAUGUUGUUGUUGUUUAGUCGUUUAGUCAUGUCCGACUCUUCGUGACCCCCUGGACCACAGCACGCCAGGCACUCCUGCCUUCCACUGCCUCCCGCAGUUUGGUCAAACUCAUGCUGGUCUCUUCGAGAACACUGUCCCACCAUCUCGUCCUCUGUCGUCCCCUUCUCCUUGUGCCCUCCAUCUUUCCCAACAUCAGGGUGUUUUCCAGGGAGUCUUCUCUUCUCAUGAGGUGGCCAAAGUAUUGGAGCCUCAGCUUCAGGAUCUGUCCUUCCAGUGAGCACUCAGGGCUGGUUUCCUUCAGAAUGGAUCAGUUUGAUCUUCUUGCAGUCCAUGGGACUCUCAAGAGUCUCCUCCAGCACCAUAAUUCAAAAGCAUCCAUUCUUCGGCGAUCAGCCUUCUUGAUGGUCCAGCUCUCACUUCCAUACAUCACUACUGGGAAAACCAGAGCUUUAACUAUACGGACCUUUGUCGGCAAGGUGAUGUCUCUGCUUUUUAAGAUGCUGUCUAGGUUUGUCAUUGCUUUUCCUCCCAAGAAUCAGGUGUCUUUUAAUUUCAUGACUGCUGUCACCAUCUGCAGUGAUCAUGGAGCCCAAGAAAGUAAAAUUUCUCACUGCCUCCAUUUCUUCCCCUUCUAUUUGCCAGGAGGUGAUGGGACCAGUGGCCAUGAUCUUAGUUUUUUUGAUGUUGAGCUUCAGACCAUAUUUUGCGCUCUCCUCUUUCACCCUUGUUAAAAGGUUCUUUAAUUCCUCCUCACUUUCUGCCAUCAAGGCUGUGUCAUUCUUAUAGCCUACAUCAAAGAUUCCUCCUUACCUGCAUUCAAUUCCUUAUGGCUAUCACCUGAGUGCUUAAGUGCAGUAACUUGUAUGCCAUACCUCUAGCUGAGAGUAUGCUGUCCUGGACUAGAUCCUUUGAUGACCAAUUGCUUAGCUGCUGCUGUUUAAUUUUAUUGUGAUUGUGUGGUUUUAUUUUUAACCAUUUUUCCUUAUGAUGUUGCAAAUGUGUUGUUGUAAUAUAUUGUUGUAAGUCAGCUUGCAAGGAAGUUUCCCCAAAAGGCUGGAUGUAAAUUUAUUAAAUUAAGAAAGAAAGAAAUUUCUCGUUGCAGCAGAAAGUGGCAGAGCUAGUAAACAAGUUUAAAAACCAUGGUUUUCUGUUGUACUCAUCACAGUGCUAGAGGGAAAAUUAUAUAGAAGGAUGGUUUGCUUGGACUGUAUUCUAGGUACAAACAGAGGCCCCUAAAGGGAGAAGAUCUCUCUGUUCUGUGUUUUAUCAAUAACAGACUGAAAAUACAUUUAGUGCCUUAUUGGAGCUGGGUUUUUGUACUUGCAGGUGGAGGAUGAAUUAAUAAUUACAGAGAAAAUUGCAAUUUUUUUUCAUUGUCACUGUAAUUUAUAAUAAUGGUAUGGCACACUUUAAAAUAUUGCUGAGAAUGCAUAAGGGCUAAUGAUGCCUAAAACUACCAAAUAAUCAGUGGAGAGAAAGAGCCUGAGGAGAUCUGUGUGCAGAAAACAUUUGAGUUCCAAAAUGAGGUUCUGAUUAAGAGGGGCGACUUAAAGGAUUGGCAUCUUUUAUGGGUGACAAACUUUUCUUUCUACAUCAUAAACUUAAGCAGUGGAAAUGGUAGCAUGGUUGGAAAUUCGUUGUGAUGAGCAGAGAAAACACCUACAGCUCUGUUAAUAGUUCAGAAUAUGAAAAGACAAGUAAGGUUUUAUGGUUGUGUUGUACAACUAUUCCAUCUUACAUGAAACACAUGUUUUAUUUAAACAUUGGACUGCCCUCCCUUCCCCUCUUUUGCUUUAAUUGUGUGUUCAACACAACAGUGGUUUUCUAAGUCCUCGAUGUUCUCACUUGGGAGAUGAGAUUAAUAUGCAGUUGUAAUUUCUGAAGCUGUCCGUUGGUACUAACUCACGGGUUGCAUUUACAUGCAGUGCUAAACCAUGUUUAGUGUUAAAAAGAUGAGGCUGUGUGUGGGUUGCGUAAAAUUCAGAGUGGAUCCUAUGCUGUAGUUUGGGUAUGGGAGUUGAGUCCCUGACCUAAACAAACACAUAAUAUAACACUGGAAAUGAAGCUGUCUCUGUACAUGUCUAAUGCCAUUAUUAAAAGAACAGCAAGUCCUAGAAGAAAAGUGUGUGAGCAUGUGUGUGAGAGAGAACGUAUUUCUGCUUUGACUGCAUUUCUUUCUCUGUCACCGGAAUGUGACCACUUUGUGUAAAACUGCAGUCAGUGUAUCUUUUCAUGAACACAUAAUAUAUGCUCUUUUGAAGUGCUGUGUUCUGAUGAACAGAAUGGCCUUAGCUUUCACCUAAAACACACCAGGGUGAGUUUUUGUUGAGAUUUCUGCUGCCACAACCGUCUCCUGCUGCAGAUGGAAAAUAAGAGCUGCCGAAGAGCAAAUAAUUUGGUACAACAUUCAUUCAGCCAUAGUGUGCAUUGUCUUGCAGCCCACAUUUCAGGGGCUCAUUAUUUCUGGGAGUAUGGGGUAGUGACCACAUGAAAGUUAGCGAUUUUUUCAUUGAGAUGGGCAAAUUGGAAUGGCUUGGAAACAAGUAGUGCUCUUCCCUCAAAAGUCAGAAAAGGCUUGUUUUUCUGAGCCAGUUUUACUCUGGAAAUUGCCCCUCCAUCCCUCACAUUCCUUCUCCCCUUAAACCCUCUCCUCUCAUCCCUUUAAAUUAUACAGUGGUGCCUCGCAAGACGAAAUUAAUCCGUUCCGCAAGAGUCUUCGUCUAGCGGUUUUUUCGUCUUGCGAAGCAAGCCCAUUGACGGAUUAGCGCUAUUAGCGCUAUCAGCUGUUUAGCGGCUAUUAAAGGCUUAAAGGCUUAGGGAUUAGCUGCUAAAAGGCUAUUACUGGCUAUUACAGGCUUAGCAGAUUAGAUAACGGGGGGGAAAAGCGAAAAAAAAAUCUCCAGACUCGCAAGGUAUUUUCGUCUUGCGAAGCAAGCCCAUAGGGGAAUUCGUCCUGCGAAGCAACUUCAAAACGGAAAACCCUUUCGUCUAGCGGUUUUUCCGUCUUGCGAGGCAUUCGUCUUGCGGGGCACCACUGUACUUACUGAGUGAAUAGGAGAAAGAUGGCGUUCAGAUGUUCUUAUUUCCCUCUCUGGUUACAUUCGGUGGAUAAGCUUGGAAUUCUUCUCUGGUUGGGAUUUUAUUCCAAGCUAGAGAAGAAUUUGGGAGCUUGAGAAGCUCUCCUCUCCUUUGAGGUAGGUUUUUAAUGGGCCACAGAGCUCAAAUCUGAGCCAGAGCUUUCUUUGGCAAUUUUUUUGGACAUCUCUACUUUUUAAGGACAUUGGAAGAGCCUUCUGGAUCAGACCCCUGUUCCCAUAGUUGCCAGUCAGAUGCCCGUAGGAAACCCGCAAACAGGAUCCAAGCACAAGAGUAGUCUCCUUCCCAUGGUUUCCAGCAACUGGUUUUCAGAAGUACUUGCACAUCCGAUUGUGAAGGCAGAGCAUAGCCAGCAUGGCUAGUACACAGUACAUAGUAUUCCAGAUGUGGUCAUGCCAUAGAUUUAUAUAACAACAUUAUGAUUUGGUCAGCUUUAUUUUUAGUUCCUUUCUAAAUGAUUCCUAGCAUGGAAGUUGCUUUUUUCAGAGCCGCCACACUCUGAGACUGAUGUUAAGUAGACUUCUUAUUUAUUAUAACAUUUAUAUCCCUUUCCUCAUGGGAGCUCAGGAUAGUGUAUUUGGGCCCCCUUCUAUUUUCAUCCUCCCCAUAACCAUGUGAAGGAGGUUAGGUUGAGAGAUAGUGGCCCAAGGUCACCCAGUAGUCCUCAGAGAAUCAGAGAAUUGUAGAGUUGGAAGGUACAUCAAGCACCAUUUAGUCCAACCCCCUGCAAUGAAGGAAUCUCAGCUUGCGGUGGGGCCCCCAUCCAAUCUGAAAUCAUACUGGGCCCUGCUUAGCUUUGCAAAUGUACUAACAAUUUUAUUAUGAGGAAUUCAAUGGUUCUAUGAUUUACACUAUGGUUACGAGACGUCCCUGUUUCUCGGGGACAGUCCCCGGAUUUACAAAUCUGUCCCUGGACAAAAUCCAUCCCCGGAAUGUCCCAGGAUUUCAUUUAAUGUCCCAGGAUUUAUAUUUUAAGUGUUGUAGAUUUAUUAGUAGGGAAAGAAUGUUGCGUGGUUGGUUCAACGGCAUAAGAUACAUCAUUUGGGGACUUCCGGCAAGGCAAAAUGGCGGGUGCCACUGCCAAGGGGGAACUGGGGACACCCGGCACGUCAACUUGGGGAACCGCUCUCACACACACACACCCCAGUGACCCAAAUCGAGCCAGGAGAGAGAGCACCCGGCCGACUGCCCAGCGGUGCUCCAGGGCCACGAAAACCCCAGAGCCAACGCAGGGAGAAGGAGGAGAGGAGAAGGAGAAGAAAGAGAGAGAAAGAGGAAGGAGAAAAAAGAGGGGAGCCCCAACCUUGCCACGCUGCUGCUGCCGCUGCUGCUGAGAAGAGGUAGGAGAGCACCAGGAGGGCAUGGACUUGUGGCGGAGCCCAGGCCCGACCAGAGCCUACUCCAUGGCAGCUAGCGCUCCAAGAGAGCAGGCCGGGCCCAGAGGAAGGCUGUGCAACAGAGGAGAUCACAGAAGAGAAUAUAUUACUUCUUUAAAUUUUUAAAAAUAACUUCUUUUUAAAUAACUUUUUUUUCUCCUUUCCAAAAAAAAAGUGUCCCUGGAUUCUUUGGAAAAAAUCUGGUAACCUUAAUUUACACCCAGGUCUCCUCAGUCCUACACCAACACUAACUACUACAUCUACAUUUGGCAACUGUGAUUGCCACAAACCAUCCCUUGGCUCCAAGUCAGAACUGGCAAUCUAUUUGAAACCAUGGUUUCCAUUUCUGGUCCUAAGGCAGGUUAUGACACUGGGGAAUUUGGUUCACAGCACAGGGACAAGAUAAUGCACAGCACUUGUCUUCUAAAUACCCUUAUUUAAAUACCUUUUGUACUCUUGGAGAACAAGUGUAUUAUGGUGAAUAUUUUUAAGCUGUGAACUAGGAGGAUGAGAAUUUUUUUGGAUUAAAGAGUACGAUAGCUUUUCAGUCUCAGCCAGCAACUCAGCCACUCAGCUUCCUUCCCAGUUGCUAAGUUUCUGCACUCAAUUUAAUGCUUGCAUUUUUUCUCCAGUGUUGCAGCUUUGCUUGGUUUCCAGGAUUCUGAGCUUCAUGUGUUAACAUGCAAAUCAUCUGAGGGCACUUUCCAUAAAAUAGGCUUUUAUCUCAGUUAAUAUGUCCCUGGGUGUGCCACCUCUGUCCUUCCCCUAUGGUAUUAUAUAUUUUUUGUUCUCAUGCGUGCUCUUCUUCCCCACCCCCAAAAGGAGUCCCUUAACAAAUGCCUUUUCAUCCUCCUCAACGUGCCAGCCUGCUUCUACUGGCUAUAAAUCUAGCCAGACAGCAUCUGUGGGAAAAGUACACAUCCUCAGACUCUUGCCAAUAAUCGUGUCCACAUCCUGCAAGUCGAGAAAGGAAUUUCAUUAAAUUGCAACCCCCCCCCCCAAAAAAAGCACAGGUGAAGAAACACAACCAAAUCAAAUAUCCUUCCAGUAAGCAAAGUUUAUUGCUGCCCCUGUGGAAGGUGGGGCUCAAAGGUUCAGUUGUGUUGAAGUUGAAUCUUAAGUUUUCCUUGUUUAAAAAGAAAGGGGAGGAUCAAACUUGGAUUUGAAAUUCAGUUAAUAUUUCCCAGUGAAUGUAUGCCACACAAAAUACAAACCCAGAAUGGCUUGCACUUAUUCAGGGGUAAGCAACCUAAGGCCUGGGGGCUGGAUGCGGCCUUCUCAAUCCGGCCCAUGGAUGGUGCGGGAAUCAGCAUGUUUUUACAUGAGUAGAAUGUGUCCUUUUAUUUAAAAUGCAUCUCUAGGUUAUUUGUGGGGCCUGCCUGGUGUUUUUACAUGAGUAGAAUGUGUCAUUUUAUUUAAAAUGCAUCUCUAGGUUAUUUGUGGGGCAUAGGAAUUUGUUCAUCCCCCCCAAAAAAAAUAUAGUCCAGCCCCCCACAAGGUCUGAGGGAUGGUGGACUGGCCCCCUGCUGAAAAAGGUUGCUGACCCCUGCACUUAAUAUUAUUACUACUACUACUACUAUUAUUAUUAAUAAACAAAUGUAUACUUCACAGUAUAAAGCCUUCAAAAUGGUGUGCAGAGUAAAAACAAUAAAGCUGUAAAACAAUAAAAUCAAUUCAACAAACUCUAAAACAAUAAAACUGUCCAUACAAACUCUAAAAACGAUGAAACAGUUUUAUCAGAUAUAAAAUUGAUCUUUCACAAAUGGCUGGGUUACACCUCAGGGAAUGCCUUUGUAAACAAACAUGUAUUCAGUAGAUACCUAAACACCAUCAUUCUAGGUACCUGCCUGAUUUCAGCCUCAGCUGCAACACUAAAAGUCUGGUUUCUUGUACAGGCUAAACGUACCUCUGAGGCUUAUGGUCCUUUGAGUUCCCCAUAGCAUGGACAAGGCAGUCCCUUGGAUAUCCUAAUCCCAAGUUGUUUAGGACUUUGAUUGCUAAAAGCAGAACCUUGAUUUGUGCCCAGUCAUUGGGACCAGUUCACUAAGAACUGUUGAGCUUACUCAGGAGUAUAGUCAGGAUUUUGUACAGUGAGCCUGCGUUAAUUUGAAAAUAUGGAAAAAUCCAUACCUCUUAAUGCUUUUUGACAACCAGGUUGUGAUGACAGAGUUAAGGAGCAACCUGCCGAUUCGGUAAAUUGAGUGAUGGGUCCUAAUUUGUGUGAAGGGAUGUGAGAUCUUGCUUCCUUAAACAGUCUUGGCUAUGAAAGGCAACAAGGUGUAUCAUGCAGGAGUUGGGAUUUCAUUUAUUUAUUGAAAGCAAGAGAACCCAGAAGACAAGGCUGUAUGAUAGGGGUGAAACACUGUAGCCGAUGGCCACAUAAUAUCUGUACUUUUCUCCUUUUGUGUCUUCUAAAAUCACUAGGCUGCAGGUAUUGCUGUCUCUCCACUGGAAGAGGAAAUAACCUUCCAGCAGGCAUGGGGGAAGAAUAGAUUGAGAAGAGGUGUGUGUGUGUGUGUGUGUGUGUGUGCACGCGAGCAUGCAUGCCAGCUAGUUUAACAGAUUUUAACAUCAGCCUCUGCCAUGAAUUAUUUGAUGGGGAGACACUUGCCCAUUUCACUUCAUCUUAUUCUUAGCUCUCAUAAAAGCAUAGGUUUCCAUUCCUGCUGUGUUAGUGAUGAACCUUCAUUCCGACAAGAAAAAAAGGAAGCUCUGAAAAAAAGGCAUUUUUUUGCCACCCAUUAACAUAUGAAGCAUAGCUACUGACAGGCACCACAGGCUAUUUUUACGUUCUUAUGUAAGCUAGGAAACAAGGUCUGUUUGUGGCACAAGAAAAUCCCUCCUCUGAAAAGGAGACUCUUCCCCUGGUGGCACAAGAGUUGGGUGAUGGAUCGAGAUGUGCAAGGGAUAGUGGUAGUGUGCAUGAUGGGGCUGAGAUUAGAGGCUUAGGUGAGCCACUCAGCUCCCUGGAGAUGGUCUAGGCUCUCCUUCUCUUUGGCCUGGUUAUUUUUGUUUUGUCUCUAUGAGUGCCUUCAGAUUAUGUGUUUAUGUGAUUAAUGUUGAAUGCAGCCACCUUUGUGUCCUUUCUGGUGAGCUUUGAUGGGGCUUUUGGCUGGCUGCUGCUAGGAAUAGCAUGUUGGACUAUAUGAACAUUGGUCUGAGACUGCAAGGCUAUAUGGAAUCAUCCCCCCAGGCCCUGAGUAAUGUUGGAAAAUGUCUGGAGUUGCUGAGCAUGACCUAGAACCUGGGUGGCCAGAGUUGCAAAAUCAACUUGGAGUCACCUGCUGAAGACUUCAUAAGGCUAAGAAACAGAAGACAUGGAACUUCUCCCUGUCAGCCAUCUCACAAUCCUUUCUCCCGCAAGUGGCGCUGUGGUCUAAACCAUUGAGCCUCUUGGGCUUGCUGACCAGAAGGUCGGCAGUUUGAAUCCCCGCGAUGGGGUGAGCUCCUGUCACUCUGUCCCAGCUUCUGUCAACCUAGCAGUCUGAAAGCAUGCCAGUGCAAGUAGAUAAAUAGGUACCACUCUGGCGGGAAGGUAAACAGCAUUUCCAUGUGCUCUGGUUUCCGUCACAGUGUCCCGUUGCUCCUGAAGCGGUUUAGUCCUGCUGGCUGCAUGACCCGGAAAGCUGUCUGUGGACAAACCCCGGCUCCCUUGGCCUGAAAGCGAGAUGAGUGCCGCAACCCCAUAGUUACCUUUGACUGGACUUAACCGUCCAGGGGUCCUUUACCUUUACCUUCUACCUUUCUCCUGCUGCUGGUACCACCUCUGCUCUCCUAAUGAAUCCUCCUUCACUUCUUAAUCCAUUCUUGAUGGUGUUAUUUGUAGCCCAUUCUGUCAGUGUUCCUCAGCAGACCUUUUGUGUCUUGAUCAAACACCAACUGAUUGAUCUCCUUUGGCAACUAGAUCCCUGUCCAUGUAUUCUAAUUCAUGCCCACCUCUGUGCUUUUGCAUGUGUUCUCUCUUUCACUGCAAUGCACCCGGCUACAUAUUCAAAUAUGUAACCUUAAACCAAAGGAAAUGGAGCAAGAGUGACAGGUUAUGCAUUACUUCAUGAUCUUUCACAUAAACUUUCAUCUGAGUUGCUUAGUACUGGGCUGUUCAGGCAGUUUGUUCCAAGAGUCUUGGAUGUGAGCCUGUGUCCCUAGUUGCCUCCACAAAUGUGUGUGCGCGUUUGUGAAACAAACUUAAUAAAAUGAAGUUGAAUAACAUUAGAGAUGGCUUUCUGAAAUUAGGAAUGCAACUUGGAUGAAGGUGCCUGAAGGGAAAUAUGCCAAGACAUCACAGAGGGUUGAUAUGAUGGUGUUUGCCCAGGCUGUUGCCUGUGUUUAUGUUACUCCUUGAAAAUGUUGUUUGGCAGUUUGUGUGCAUGUGCACAAUUUGGAUUUUGGGAAGUCUUUGGACUGUCAACAAUACAGUACCUGGAGUCUGGGAUGCGGGUAGCGCUGUGGUCUAAACACUGAGCCUCUUGGGGUUGCAGAUCGGAAGGUCAACGGUUCAAAUCUCUGCGACAGAGUGAGCUCCCAUUGCUCUGUCCCAGCUCCUGCCAACCUACCAGUUUGAAACCACACCAGUGCAAGUAGAUAAACAGUUACUGCAUCGGCGGGAAGGUAAACAGCGUUUCUGUGCACUUUGGUUUCCAUCACAGUGUCCCGUUGCUCCAGAGGCAGUUUAGUCCUGCUGGCCACAUGACCUGGAAAGCUGUCUGUGGACAAACGCAGGCUCCCUUGGCCUGAAAGCGAGAUGAGCGGCGCAACCCCACAGCCGCCUUGGACUGGACCUAACUGUCCAGGGGUCCUUUACCUUUUUUUACCUGGAGUCUGUUAGUGCAGGUGCUGUGAUUUAUCUUUGUCCCAUGUUAAGCUUUUUUUUGUUAAUAGCUGAGAUCUGCCCUACUGCACUCCUAUCCGAGAAUAUCUCUUUUAUUUUCCAUGUCAUAUUCAUUUUACUGGAGUUAGUUUUGGACAUAAUUUGGUUGGCUGAAUAGUGAGGUGCUUUUUUAGUAGCCUUGAUUUUGAGUCUGAAGAUAAACGUGGGUUUGAAAGCAAGUGAUCUUGACCAGGCUGCUUCUUUGAUGCCUAAUGAACUUUCCGCCAAAGUUUAUUUCCACCCCCCACCUCCCAGACAUUUUUUGUUUUGCAGGAUCUUCUAUGAUACUGCUUUUAUAUGGGAAUUUUGGAAGCUGCUACUGGGCUGUCACCAACUGGUCAAAGUCUUUUUGAAAAUAAGUUAAAAAAAAUACUGGCAAGAUUCUCCUGCUUUUAAUAGUUGUAUAAGAAAUUCCGCAGCUGAUGCUUUUCCCAGUGUGGAGAUUCAGUCAUGAGGAAAGUUUUUUGGCUAUAUGGGGAAAUAAGCUGGUAAGGCUACAACUAAAAGGCAUCAAACUGCUCAAGAUGGUUCAUGUCAGAUGCUGCCUGGUUUUGAAGAAAGACUCUGUGUCAGGGAACUGCCAUCAGUGCCGGAGGGAGAGAGCAAAAUCCAGAGGGAUUCCGGGGAGCGUCCCGGGAUUGGGAGAGGCAGCCCAUUUUCGGGGGAAGAGAAUCAGCGUAGCACCAGUGGAGAAGGGGGGCAGAUGGGGGAAGCGGCGAGGCGGUCCCAUGACUCCUUGCCGGGGACCAGCGGGGAGAGUAGGGGUCCUCCGCUGCCUACGCCCUCCUUGCGCAGAAGGCUUUCGUGCAGAGAGAGUAGGAGGAGACUAGGCGUCAAAGAGCUUCUUUGCUGGAAGAAGUUUAAGAAACGCCCACUGACGGAUUCUGCCAGCGAUUGAGACAGCCACGGGUGAGUGGCUGUCCGGACAGAAAAGGUUCACUCAGGCAACCCAGCCAAGUGUUUGCACCGGCUUACGCACGAGCAACCCCUAGAACCACUACACUCUGCUUCAUGCUUUUGCUGUUAUCUACACUGUUAGGUAAAUUUAACCAAUCACUCUUCACAGGGCCAUGUCUUGCAGCAAGUUAUGGGCGUGUUUUCACCUCUUCCUUUGUUGUUUGCUGUUUUAGAGUUGUGGAAUGCUGUGAAGACUUCCCUGGCUCCACAGUCAUAGACGAAAUACGUUUGGAACUAUUUUCAUCUGAAGGAUAUCUUUCAUCUAUAAAAGGUACCAAACUUUAUCCUUACUGCCUCAACAGACUUCAUCUUUGUUCGGAAUUUCAACCAGUUUUUCCUCCAGAUCCUAAACCACACAAUAGAACGUAUAUCUGCAGAGAAGGGCCUUGUAAAACUCUGGUAUUAACUGGGCACUUUGCAGAGAUUUUGAGAUUAUAACAUGCAAUAAGAUUAAAACAUUUUAAGAACCUAAGAAGAGCGGGACUGAUGUCCAAGGCCUGUCUAGUUCAGCAUCCUCUUUUCAUGGUGCUCAACCAGGUGCCUACAAGGCAAGUCGGACAGGACAGCUCUCUUGCGACUUGUGACUCUCAGCAACUGGUAUUCAGAUGCAUACUGUCUCCAAAAGUGGUUAUAGAACGUAACCAGCAUGGCUAGUAGCCAUCAAUAGCCCUCUCUUCCAUGAUUUUUUCUUAAAAAUAUAAAGUGAUGUAGAAACGAAAUGAAAAACAGUAACAAUCUUCUUUUAAAGCCAUCUAAGUUGGUGGCACUGUGGUCUAAACCACUGACUCUAGGGCUUGCUGAUCGGAAGGUCGGCAGUUCGAAUCCCCACAGUGGGGUGAGCUCCCGUUGCUCGGGCCCUGCUCCUGCCAACCUAGCAGUUCGAAAGCACACCAGCGCAAGUAGAUAAGUAGGUACCGCUCUGGCAGGAAGGUAAACGGCAUUUCUGUGCACUGCUCUGGUUCGCCAGAAGCGGCUUAAUCAUGCUGGCCACACGACCCAGAAAUACUGUCUGUGGACAAACGGCGGCUCCCUCGGCCAGUAAAGUGAGAUGAGCGCCGCAACCCCAGAGUCGUUCGCGACUGGACUUAACUGUCAGGGGUCCUUUACCUUUAUGUUGGUGGCCAGCAGUGCCCCCAGUAGGAGUGAGUUCCAUAGUUUGGACUAUGUGCUGCUCAAAUAAGUACUUUAUUUUAUCUUGUCUUGAAUAUUUCAACAUGCAGCUUCCUUGGAUGUCCACGAGUCCUGUUGUUAAGAGAAAGGAAGAAAAACUCUGUCCGUUUAUUUCAGGAUUUUGAAAAAUGAGGGUUAUAUAAAAACACAAAAAUACAUAACAUAGUGACAAACAAACAAAAAUAGCCCACCCCCAUUUUAAAAGGCCACAGAUUGUUUAAUUAUCCAAAGGCCUGGCAGAAGAGAAAUGUUUUUGCCUGGCACCUAAAUAUAUUUCACUUCUUGGUUCUUUUGUGAAGCUCAGGAGACCAUUCUCUGUGAAUUUGAGAUUUUGAAUCUGUGAACUGAAUUGAGCGUCGUUAUCUUUCUAUGGUUGGAGAAGACCUCUUACCCAGGGACAGGCCUGUUGUAGAUCUUUUGCUCAGCAGCUCACAGAUGCAACGGAGACAGCCUUCAUGUUGAGAAGGAAUUGUCUACAUUGUGUUUAAAGGUAAAGGGACCCCUGACCGUUAGGUCCAGUCGCGGACGACUCUGGGGUUGCGGCACUCAUCUCGCUUUACUGGCUGAGGGAGCCGGCCUACAGCUUCCGGGUCAUGUGGCCAGCAUGACUAAGCUGCUUCUGGCGAACCAGAGCAGCGCACGGAAAUGCCACUACAUUGUGUUUAGGAAACAUAAAAGAGAAGAUGGCCUAGGCUGGUGGGUGACUUGGCAUGAAAUAAAUAAAUGGGUUAGGAUCACAAAGUGAACCAGGGGAAGCUGGCAGAGGGUCUUCUCGGUAGUGGCACCUGCCCUGUGGAACACCCUUCCAUCAGAUAUCAAAGAGAUUAAACAAGUACCUGACAUUUAGAAGACAUCUGAAGGCAGCCCUGUUCAGGGCAGUUUUUAAUGUGUGACAUUUUAAUGUAUUUUUUAAUCUUUGUUGGAAGCAGCCCAGAGUGGCUGGGGAGGCCCAGCCAAAUGUGCGGGGUAUAAAUAAUAAAUUAUUAUUAUUAGUAUUAUUUAUUUGGAAAAGAACAGGAAGCCAGUGGAGCAGCAGCUAGACCACUGGUCUCUACUGGGGGAUUUUGACACUUGCUGCUAGGCAGAUGGUUGAAUAUCGUAUCCUAGAACUUCAUGUAUGGGAGAAGUAGGGGUCCAGUGUUCCUCCAGACAUUGCUGGACUCCAGUUUCUAUGAGCCUCUGCCAACUUAUCCAGUGAUCCGGGAUUAACGGGAGCUGUGGUCCAGCCAUGUCUGGAGGGCCACAGGUUUCCCACCCCUGAUUCAUGGCUUUCUGGUGCCCAGGCUUUUCUCUUUAGCUCUGCAGGGAAAAUGACUUCAGCUUAGCUCAUCUGUUUGCUCUUCAGAUCUUGCUCCUGAGCCUCUGUAGAUCACGUGAUUUGGUAGCUACUGCUCAGCGUGAAACCAAACCCUCUGAAGCAGCUCCGUCCUUUCUCUAUGUGGCUUUUGAGCAAUUUGCUUUGUGAUUUUCUCUUCUGAAAACGAAACAUUUGAAGCAUAAGACUGAUGGGUUUUGGCAAGGAUUGGGAGAAGAGCGCGGUCAGUCCAAAACUUGAGUACAUAAAUAUCUUCUCAAAUCUAGUGCAGAAUGAAGGAUGCCGAGAGACCUUAUUGAAUAGAGCCUGGUAGGUGACCAGCUUAGUGAUUUCCUAUUUCCUGGAAAAGUGCAGCAGGCUUCUCAGCAGUGGGAAAUCUUUAAGUGGCUGGGAUGAGAUUAGAACAAGAGGUUUGCUCGCUUGUACCUGCUUUUUCAUGGUGCCUUCCCACUGAGCAUGUCCUACAUAGUUCUGCCUUCAAAAGCCUGGCUGGAAGUAGCAGCUCUUUAUUUCUGAUGUAUAAUUUACUGUGUUUUUCCUGGCGCGCCAGCCUUGUUUGUAUUGGUAAGUGUGUGUUCACUGCGUACAGCCUGCUGACAAUUUUGUAGGCUGAACAUGCUGUGCUUGAAUAUACCUGGGUCUUUGUGAAGUGCUUUUGAAUCACAAAGUUGAGUUAAUAAGCUGGGUCGUCUUAGCCCAUAAACGCUUCCUGUUUCCAUUGGCCUUACUUUUGUUAAAUAGAUACCAAAGUUGCAAGUCUGGUUUCCUUCAGGUUAGUCCCAUGGACAUCGUAUGACAGCGCUAUCUUGGUUAAAAAAGGAAAAAAAACCCCACAAAUUCUCUAAAAUAAAAUCCAAAGCCAGCCUCAGAACAAGGUUUUGGGGCUCCUUAUAGCUUGUCAUUCUUGUUUUGUGGCGUCUUUUAAUGCCAGGCUGUCAUGAAAUCUGAAAGUUUCUGAGCCACUACAAAUUAUUGUGAUUAAGUGCCUCCUCCAGACAUGCCCCAUAAAUGCUGUGGGUCAAAGAAACAAGCCUUUGUUGUUUAGUAAGAGGCAAAUUAAGAUUUCAGCUUUCUUGGCAAGUCCUAAUUUAAAUUUUAGACAGCUUACGUGGGAGAGCCACUGAGAUGCGUUGCCUGAGAAAGACAAGCAAAUGCGGCAGUGCCUGUGAGAGAUGAGCGAAUGCUGAAGCUUGAGUCAAGGGUGGGGAACCUUGUCCCAUCUGAGGGGCACAUUCCCUUCCAAGGAAGCUUCUGGGGGCCGUAUGCCUGUAGUGGACAGAGGCAAAAAGUUGGUAGGGGCUGUGAUUUGUACAGUAGACUGUAUUGCAGCCAUGCGUAAUUCAGGUUUCUACACCCGCCCACCUCUUUUCAUCAAGGCAAGCAAGAACCACUAUCACGUUAUUAGAAUACAUUCUUGCCUGGCAAAAGCACCUGAAGAUGUGGGAAAUGACCUUUGUGGCCUCGGGAUACUUCCAAGGUCUGACUAGAGAGGCCUGCAUUUGGCCCCUAGGCCUGAGGUUUUCCACUGCUGUAUCAGUAAAUAAACCUCCUGUCUGGGAGCAAAACAGUAGAGCGGGCAGGAAAGACUUUUGGAACACUCUUGGCAUCUUCUGUGGAUUUUUAGAUUGCUCUUUAGGGCCAAGUUUUGACCUGGGUUCGCAUUCCCAUCACUAAGUGCUUUGGAGGCAGGUGCAGGUAGGUAAAGGUAAAGGACCCCUGGACGCUUAGGUCCAGUCAAAGGCGACUAUGGGGUUGCAGUGCUUGUCUUUCUUUUCAGACUGAGGGAGCCGGUGUUUGUCCACAGACAGCUUUCUGGGUCAUGUGGCCAGCAGGACUAUACUGCUUCUGGCGCAACAGGACACCUUGACGGAAGCCAGAGCGCACAGAAACGCUGUUUACCUUCCCGCCACAGCAGUACCUAUUUAUCUACUUGCACUGGUGUGCUUUCGAACUGCUAGGUUGGCAGGAGCUGGGACAGAGCAACAGGAGCUCACCCCAUCGCUGGGAUUUGAACCGCCAAACUUCUGAUUGGCAAGUCCAAGAGGAUCAGUGGUUUAGACCACAGCGCCACCCGCGCUGUGCAUGCUCACGCAGGCAGACACAGCACCUAACUUACUCCCACAUUGAGUUUUUUUGGAGAAGGCAGGAUUAACUAAAUACUCUCUCAUAAUAUAUAUUUUUUAAUAGAUAAGACACUAAGGGAUAUAAAACAGGAGUCAUCUCCAGACUGACCUCUGUGGGGAAUUGUGUUCUUCCUGAUCCUUUUAUCAGGAAAUGCUGGGGAUUGAACCUACAUGCAAAGCUUUGCCAUUGACUCAUGGUCCAGCCAAGAAGGCUUAUGGCCUCUUCACACACACACACACACACACACACACACACACUAUGCAACAGCACAUCCAUCUUUUAUUCCACAGGGAAAUGAGGCCAAUCCCAGCUUUUGGGUUUGAGUACUCCUAUCACAUAUCUGUGAGCACCCCCCCCCCAUUUUUUAGCUAUACGUGUAAAGAAUUUUAGGUAUCCGCCUUAAUGUGUGCAGCAACCUUAAUGAUUUGUGUUAGGAUAUUUUGGGAGGUGUGUGAAAGAGACAGAGCAGGUAAACUGUUUAAGCUCAGGGUGGAUCAGAAUACGCUUUGCUCAAAAGUGGACUUUGAGGGGAGGCUUAAGAAGAGAGAAAGGAAGGCUGCUGUAAAGAGACUGGAAUUAAAGGCCGAGACAACUGGAGGAAUCUGAAGUAAGCAAGAAGGGAUGUAAGGGGAAGGAAGGGACACAGAGGUGGAGAGGCUUAAAAGUAAGCUGAUGGGGAGUGACACGAUCAUAGCAGGAGCAGAGAGGUGAGCUCAGAGGCAUUCUGAAUGGAUUAGAGAUGUGGGAAAGGCAGGAGGGAAGACCAGGCAGAGAAGAUGUUGCAGUGGCAGAGUCAAGAAGAAGUUUGAGGGAGGAAAAGGAUUGAGCAACAUGAGCAGAUUUCCGAGAAAGUUUGGGCUGGAGGAAACAUUUCAGAUCUCUGGGUUCCAACAAGCACUUGUAAGAUGCUAGCAAGGAAGAAGCCAUUUAGGGUUGCUCCGGUAAUGGUCCAACCAAUGAACCGGUUCAGGACAGAAGGAAGACAGACAAAGGGAAUAUCUGUGGUAUGGUAUGAAUGGUGCCAAUACUAAAGGGAUACCAUUGCUUUUGGUUGAUUACUACAACAAAAUGAAGAGAUGCAUGUGGGUGAAGAGAUGCUUUUUCUCUUCUCACCCCUCACCAUCCUUUCUAAAUUGCCCUUCUUCAGAAAGUGCCCAGGGCAAUGCACAUCAAACUUACGAACAAAGCAUAAUAAAACAGCACUAAAAUGCAUGCAUGAAUUAUAUCUUAGUAGAUAAGUUAAAACAGAAAUACAUACAGUGAUAAAUAAGAAGUGUAUUCCUCACCAGCAAACUGCAAAAUCGUGGGCAGCUGUUGUCAGUUGGUGCCUGCUACCCAACAGUACCUAGUCAUUUCCAACUAAUUCCUUUCCAGCCAAAUGAGCCCAGUCUUGCCAACCUUCAAACUCAAUUGUCCAAUGGCUCUGGAAGUCCAUCUGUCUCAGGCCCACACCUCUUAACUCAAGGUAGUUGGGGAGACUGAGCUUGGGGUACCAUGUACAUGCACAGCAAGGAUUAUUUCCAUUACCCUUUAACCAUUGGAGGUAAAACAAGAGGUUUAGUGCUAAACCAGAAAAGUAUCUAGAAGAGCUGAUUUGCAUGAGAGUCAGUUCAGUGGAGUUUUGUGGGGCACGUCUUAGUAGAUCAGGAACAUUCUGAAAUAAAUUUUCUAACCGUUAUGCAUUCCAUAUAGUAGAUAAGAUAGUCUUUGAAAUUGCUAUUUUUAAGCCUUAGGGCUUUUCAGUGUAAUUUCCACUGUCAGCUCAACAUUCUUAAUUGUUGUGGCUCCUAGGUAGGAAUAUUGGGGUUUUUUGUAGACCUUUUCUUCAGUCUCCUAACAAAGUAGCUAUUGGAAUUUUGCCAGGUUGUUAGCCCCAAGUGUCUUAGCUUUCACGUGUAAGAAGGAAUGGCACUGUCAGAUUUGUUUAAUCCCUAUUUUUAGCAGACAAAGAAAUUAGUUCUGUCUAGACUCUAGGGCUCUAAAGUUGCAGCUUUUAAGGAGUGCCAUAAUUUGGGGAAUCCCCUCUCCUCAUUCUCUCUUCUGUAAAGGGGCUUUGAGCUGCCAAACCUGUUCUGGCUGUAUUAAGGCUCUGUAUCUUACCUAUUUAAUAAGAAUAAUUUAUUCUGCCUUCCCAGGUAGCAAAGCUGCUUUUAAGGCCACUAACAACAUACCAGUGUUUCAACAUUCAAACAACUAAACAGGUGCUUACAUAUGCACACACUCCAGCAUGGCAGAUAAUUAAAACAUCAGAGCUGUUGUAAAAUACCAGUGUUAUUAAAAAACAUUGAACAAAGUUAUCUUCUUUUAAUGGUGAAAGCCGAAAAGGAAGGAGCCAAAUGCACAUGGCGCUGUAGAGAACCUAAGAAUGUCUUGUUCCAUUCUAAACAACUAUGAGGUUUUCAACCUUUCGUUUGCCCAUAAUGCUGAAGUACAUAGGAUGAUGCCUUAUACCAGGGGUCAGCAAACCUUUUCAGCAGGGAGCCGGUCCACUGUCCCUCAGACCUUGGGGGGGCGGGGCGGACUAUAUUUUGAAAAAAUAAUAAUGAAUGAAUUCCUAUGCCCCACAAAUACCCCAGAGAUGCAUUUUAAAUAAAAGGACACAUUCUACUUAUGUAAAAAUGCACUGAUUCCUGGACUAAAUCCGCAGGCCGGAUUUAGAAGGGGAUUGGGCUGGAUCCAGCCCCCGGGCCUUAGUUUGCCUACCCAUGCCUUAUACUGAGUCAGACCAUUGGUCCUCCUAGCUCAGCAUUGUUUACAUUGAGUGGCAGCGGUUCCCUAAGGUUUCAGAGAGAUGCCUUUCCCAGUCUUCCUGGGAGAUGUUGGGAUUGGACCUAGGGCCCUCAGUCAGCCGUAUGGCAAGCUGCUGUAUAGUGAUGGCAGAGCAUGUAGCUGCAGUUUGUGCGUCAAUGCCACAGCUAUGCCAUUGGAGCUGCUUUCAUGGUUUCCUGGGAAGGCAGAAUAAAUUAUUCUUAUAAUUUCCCCCCACUUUCAUGGUUUCUCCCCAUCUUGACAGGAGGGUGGUGAAGACGGGGGAAUUUAUCAUGCAAGUGGUUCUAGCUAUGUAGUUCUGGAAUUUGUGGAGCUCCAGUGGUGCUGUGGGUUAAACCACAGAGCCUCUUGGGCUUGCCAAUCAGAAGGUUGGCAGUUUGAAAACCCACGACGGGGUGAGCUCCCAUUGCUCGGUCCCUGCUCCUGCCCACCUAGCAGUUCGAAAGCACGUCAAAGUGCAAGUAGAUAGAAAGGUACCGCUCUGGUGGGAAGUUAAACGGCGUGUCCGUGCGCUGCUCUGGUUCGCCAGAAGUGGCUUAAUCAUGCUGGCCACAUGACCUGGAAGCUGUACGCUGGCUCCCUCGGCCAAUAAAGCGAGAUGAGCGCCGCAACCCCAGAGUCGGCCACGACAACCUAAUGGUCAGGGGUCCCUUUACCUUUAACUGCAUGAGAUCUCAGCCGAGAAAGCUGCUCCUGUUCACCUGGAGGCCAAAAAACCCCAAUGACCUCAAUCCCAAGGUAAAAGGCAACUCUGGGAUUGCUUACACCAGGGUUGGCAAGGUUUACUUCGCUUGGGCCGGUUCACUCCAGCGGAGACCGCUCCGUGGGCCGGAUUGCAUCUGCACAGAAGCGAUUUUCGGCAUCUGCGCAGAUGCGAUUUCCGGUGCUGUGGAAGUGAGUCCCUGCUCCAUGCUGCGUCGGUUUAACACAACAGGGACUCGCCGAGCAGGCGGCUCGGUUCAGGGGCGGCUUGUGGGCCGUUUAAACGACCCCAGUGGGCCGCAGGUUGCCGACCCCUGACCUACACAGUCAGGAUACAGACAGGCUCCUCUGGUGAGUUUCUUCUCUGAAAGCUUCUCCCAACACCCAUCUUUCCAUAGCAAAUUAUUUCAAACCAUGUAAGAGGACCGAGCUUGUUGCUCCCUGUUCUGCUCAGUUGGAGUGGAAGAGCAAGGUUCUGUUUCCGCUCUUUCUGUGCAGCUUUUGCAAACACUAGGGAAGCCUGGCUAGUCUGCCGGCUGAGUGCAAUGCAUCCCUGAAGUGUUUGACUCCUGUUGCUGUGACUUUUGGUAUUAAAGUCAGAAGGGAGAGGGGCAGAGUCUGUGGGUGUCAGUGCCUCAGCACCUACUUGCCAACCUCUAUGCUUACCAAAGGGGCAGAGAGGGAGAAAGCACAGCUGGCUGCCGGCCCGAGAGUCCUGCUGUGUUUCCUGAUUGGGAAGCUCAGCAGGGUACAUCUAGUGAUUGCCAGAGGGGCUGCAGCCGGCCCGUGUUGAGCUGUAUAUCUGGCUACAAAUGCUGCACGAGCACUGCUAGAUGUGCUUCACGGUUCCAGCUUCCUGUGUCCAAUGGUGUGUGCUCAGAUUAUUAUUAUUUUAUUUAUUGCUCGCCUUUCACUGCAAGGCCCCAGGGUGGCUUGCAGUAUUAAAAAGAAGUUCAAAACACAUCCACAAGCAUAUUAGCUGUGAUUUCUGGAAGAUCUGUUUCCCUGCCUUGCUGGCCUUUUCCCACCUGGCCUUGCAGAGUAGGGCCCUGACUGACUCCAGCUACAAAAGCUGAGGCUCCUGAACAGACGCUUGCUGUUCUAUUGCAUAGGGUUUUUUUUGUUGAGGAGGUGUUGUUGCUGUUAUUCAUAUAAAUUGAUAUUCAUCCAUUGAUGUUUGAUUUGAUGAUUUAAUUGGUCAGUUUACUAUACCUUUGUUUGUACCUUAGUCAUGAUUUAUGUGGAAACUACAGUGGUACCUCAGGUUACAGACUCCGCUAACCCAGAAAUAGUACCUCGGGUUAAGAACUUUGCUUCAGGAUGAGAACAGGAAUUGCACGACGGCACCGCAGCGGCAGCGGGAGGUCCCAUUAGCUAAAGUGGUGCUUCAGGUUAAGAACAGUUUCAGGUUAAGAACGGACUUCCAGAACGAAUUAAGUUCUUAACCCGAGGUACCACUUUGUUCAAUUUGGUUGUCUACUUUUUGAUGUUUUAUUGUUCACGGCUAAUUGUCGUGUUUGAAAUUGGCAUAUUUUUUCAUGUCGUCAGCCUCCCUGAGCGUGGUUUUAACUGUCGAAAGGAGGCAUACAGAUAAGAUGAUGUACGUGUGUAAAAACAAGAUGCAUCCUAUGAGCCCACAAGCAGCUCACAAAGGCAGCAACCACCUCCUUUUUGUCUGCCAGCAACUGGUAUCCGAUCACAGGCUCGAGGUAGGAUGUCCUGUGGUGGCUUGAGCCUCGCAGGGGAAGCUGACCACAGCAUGCGCCAUAUAUGUGGUGCCGGUGGAAGCCCCUAUGGAGCAGUCUGCGUUGGGGGUGAUGGUUCCAGAGUGCUAGCCCAGGAGGUGGACCAGCCCAUUUUACCAAUUCCUUGAACUGGUUGCUUUGGGCCUCAAAGCCCAACUGAUGCAAUGCAACCUCUCGGAAGGGAAGUGUUGGGGGUGUUUCUCCCGUGGCAGCUUGUAUCCGUUCCGUUGUCUCCUGCCGGGUUGCCCUUGGUUUGAGCAUUCGCUCCCUCCCGGGCUUGUGUCUCGUGUCAUGUCCGCGCAACAUCCUCGGCGUUCCUUUUCCCUUUCAGCUCCGUGAAGGAACGACCAAGCUUUUCUCCUCAACGUCGCGUUUGUUUCCUUCCAGAGAACCUCGCUGUAAUUCAGUUAUGAAUCAUUGCUUUAUUUGUCAUGUCAAGCUCCAGGAGGAUGCUUUAAGUGCUUCUAGUCGGCAGUAAUUUGAGGCACUCUGCCAAGCCGUGUUCAGCUGUUGUCAGGCCUGGCAGUGGCUGCAGCUGAUAUGGCGAUAAAAACACAUUCUGACUACAGAUGAGUUUGGUUGCUGCCUGCUCUGCUCUGUUCUUUUUUUCUUUUUCUUUUUGCAUGUGGCAGGCAAUAAGUGCUAAUUAACAGGCAUAUGAAUUGGUGCGGCUUAUCCUCUGGGAUUAUGGAAAUGCUGGGAGCUGGGAGAAUGAUAGUCCUGUGCUUUUUAUAAAAUGGCAUAAAAAUGAUUGUUUCCCCCCAGUGUUAUUUCCUUCGCGUAACUCUUUUCUUUCAGCCGAAAAAGUUGUCAGCAUAAUGUAUGUCUCUGGAGCAUUUAGUUUUCAAAAGUAUUCAGAGAGAAAGAGAGCUUAUUUAAAGCAUUUUUACCUCGCUCUUCAGGUCACAGAAUGGUCUCAAGAGUUAUAAUAACAAUAAUAAUAAUGAUAAUAAUAAUAAUACAUUUUUAUUUAUACCCCGCCCUUCCUGGUUCAAAAACCGGGCUCAGGGCAGCUAACAACAAAUUUAAAACACUUAAUUAAUUAUAAAGGCAGCGUAAAAUACAGUAUAAAAACAUGAAUAACAAUAAAAUUCAAAAAUCAAAUAUCAAUUUAGGGGGAAUAAGCAUUAGAUAAUCCCCAGGGCUAGCUGGCUGAAUUGGUCCUACUUGGGCCAGCGAGGAGGCCAGGGCAGAAUUAGCUGUGGGGUCUCAGAGCGGGUGAUCCUCAUAAAAGGGGAGGGGGAGGGAAGAGAAGGGAAAUAAAAGAUCAGACUGAAUUCAAAUUAAAGGCCAGGCGGAAUAGCUCCGUCUUACAGGCCCAACAGAAGGAGGUUAAAUCCUGCAGGGCCCUAGUCUCGUGGGACAGAGCAUUCCACCAGGUCGGAGCCAUCUCUGAAAAGUCUGGCUUCCUUAGGGCCUGGGACCUCUAUAACUAUGGUUAUUCGUGGACCUUAAGGUCCUCUGUGGGGCAGACCAGGAGAGGCAGUCCCCUAGAAAUGAGGGCCCUAAGCCACAAAGGGCUUUAAAGGUCAAGACCAGCACCUUGAACCUGACCCUAUACUCCACCGGGAGCCAGUGCAGAGUUGCAGUCAAAAGGACCCUACACAAAAGAAGGAAGAGGGAUUGUCAGGGAGGAGGAAAAUAGAAAACUGUUUCUUAGUUACAGUUAAGAACAUAAGAAGAGCCAAUGGCCCAUCUAGUCCAGCAUCGUGUUCUCACAGUGGCCAACCAGAUGCCUGCAGGAAGCUUGCAAGCAGGACCCGAAUAUAAGAGUGCACUCUGCUCCUGGGGCUUCUAGCAACUGGUAUUCAGAAGCAUUGACAGCCCUGUGGAAUGGCUGCUGUAGAUGUAGCCUGAAAGAGCUGAUCUUCCAGCUGAGUGAAUGGAGACGCCCUGCAGUCCCGUAUCUCUCGCUUUCCUAGAGCUUGAUGGAGCAGCUGCUGUAGAUAAUUUCUUUCCAAGAAAGCAGCUGAGCACAAUGUAAGGGAGAUUUCAGGGCGCUUAAACAAACAAACAAACAAACUUACCUGGAAGUUCAUCUGUGCGCAUCCAGAUGCUGUGCUUAGGUGACAAGCCCCCUCUGAAUUUGCUGGCCAGAACGAUUGCCUUCAGUUUGGCGUUUAAAGGGCAAGUUGUUCAGAAAAGAACUGCAGUUCUCAUGGGGCCUAACAUUUUACUUGGAGAGAAAUCAUCUCAUUACUACACCAAUAUCUGUGUUUGCACCGUGUAAAAUUAGAUGAUUAUUCUUUUGUGCUGUGUCCUUGUAAUUUGGUUCUGCCGUCUUAAUUUCAAAAUAAUAAAAUUUUAAACAGGCCAGCUAUUUUUAUUUAUACUUGAUAUAGGCUAGAGGAUGGUAACACUUCUUAAAUGCACGGUGUGAUAAAAGAAUAAGGAAGAGGGCUGCAAGGGUUUAUGCAGAUGGUAGAGGUCUUUUGGCAGCAACUAUAUGUGAUUUGUACAAACAUCACAACCUUAAAGAUGUGUUAGCAAACAGCAGUGGUAGCAAUUGACUUCUUACUUUAAAUAAAGAGCUUGGGAAGCCCACUCCCCCGACAAGUGUCUUGCGCAAAGGUUGUCCCACUGAUCUUUGUGGCUAAUUAUCAACGUACAAUAGGACGCGGGUGGCGCUGUGGGUUAAACCACAGAGCCUAGGACUUGCCAAUCAGAAGGUGGGCGGUUCAAAUCCCCGCGACGGGGUGAGCUCCCGUUGCUCGGUCCCAGCUCCUGCCAACCUUGCAGUUUGAAAGCAUGUCAAAGUGCAAGUAGAUAAAUAGGUACCGCUCCGGUGGGAAGGUAAACGGCGUUUCCGUGUGCUGCUCUGGUUCGCCAGAAGCGGCUUAGUCCUGCUGGCCACAUGACCCGGAAGCUGUAUGCCGGCUCCCUCGGCCAAUAAAGCGAGAUGAGCGCCGCAACCCCAGAGUCGGUCACGACUGGACCUAAUGGUCAGGGGUCCCUUUACCUUUUUAUCAACGUACAAACGGCAGACCAACCUGAAUCUAGGCCUGGAUAGUUUUUAGCUCGGGGGUAGAACUUGAAGGUCCUAUGCUGUUGACUAGAAAAGGAUAUUUGCACCCAGCCUGGCCGAUACAUAAGCCAUGUGGUGAUUCUAGGCCACACACCCUUAUUCUCUCCUGUGCCUGAAAUGUUCUCCAACUGCUUUAUACUGUGUAAAAGGCUGGAUCCCAGCCUCAGAUUCCCAGUUGCAAGCGCUGAGCUCCCUGGCACAGCAAGAUGUGCACACAGCCUAAAAAGGUAAAGGUAAAGGACCCCUGUAUGGUUAAGUCCACUCAAAGGUGAUUAUGGGGUUGCGGCUCUCAUCUUGCUUUCAGGCUGAGGGAGUCGGCGUUUGUCCGCAGACAGUUUUCCGGGUCAUGUGGCCAGCAGGACUAAACCGCUUCUGGUGCAAUGGGACACUGUGAUGGAAGCCAGAGCGCAUGGAAACGCCGUUUACCUUCCCGCCGCAGUGGUACCUAUUUAUCUACUUGCACUGGUGUGCUUUUGAACUGCUAGGUUGGCAGGAGCAGGGACCAAGCAAUGGGAGCUCACCCCGUCGCGGGGAUUUGAACUGCUGGCCUUCUGAUCGGCAAGCCCAAGAGGCUCAGACCACAGCGCCACCCGCAUCUCUAACACAGCCUAACUGUCUUGUGUUGUGGGAGGAGGAUGUAAGCAGGUUCACACUGAGCGCCAGGCUGGAUGUGAUAGAGCAGCUCCGUUUCUUCAUGAUUGUGCCCGAUUCAGGUGUAGAACAGGGUGAGGGUGAAGUCUUACUCAAGCCUCAAAAGGGGUUCCCCUGCCUUGCUUUCCUUUGCUCCCUCAACCUCAGCCACUUUCUUUCAGCCUGGAUCUGAUACCUGAACGGAAGCUAAGCCUAGAGCAGAAAUGAUCUGAAGCAGCAAAUCAUGAGGAAUUGAAGGUGGAGUGGAAAGACAGGGCUGUCCUUAUGUGACCCUUUUGAUGCUGCAGCAAGAUUCCCUCAUUUCAUACGCAAAUAGGGCAGAUACAGGGCUUUUUUUUUCAGCCGGAACUCACCAGAAUUCAGUUCCGGCACCUCUCAGGCGGGCGCCAUUGCUGUUAUAAGAGAACAUGGUGGAAAAACAGCACCAGGCAGAUGUAUUCAUAAGGUGAUACAGUAAUAAUAAUAAUUUAUACCCAGCCACUCUGGGCGGCUUCCAACAAAAUAUUACAAUACAAUAGUCUUUGUUGUUGUUGUUGUUUAGUCGUUUAGUCGUGUCCGACUCUUCGUGACCCCCUGGACCGGAGCACACCAGGCACUCCUUUCUUCCACUGCCUCCCGCAGUUUGGUCAGACUCAUGCUGGUAGCUUUGAGAACACUGUCCAACCAUCUCGUCCUCUGUCAUCCCCUUCUCCUUGUGCCCUCCAUCUUUCCCAACAUCAGGGUCUUUUCCAGGGAGUCUUCUCUUCUCAUGAGGUGGCCAAAGUCUUGGAGCCUCAGCUUCAGGAUCUGUCCUUCCAGUGAGCACUCAUGGGUGAUUUCCUUAAGAAUGGAUAGGUUUGAUCUUCUUGCAGUCCAUGGGACUCUCAAGAGUCUCCUCCAGCACCAGAAUUCAAAAGCAUCCAUUCUUCGGCGAUCAGCCUUCUUGAUGGUCCAGCUCUCACUUCCAUACAUCACUACUGGGAAAGCCAUGGCUUUAACUAUACGGACCUUUGUUGGCAAGGUGAUGUCUCUGCUUUUUAAUACAAUAGUCAAUUAAACAUUAAAGCUUCCCUAAACAGGGCUGCCUUCAGAUGUCUUCUAAAAGUCUGGUCGUUGUUUUUCUCUUUGACAUCUGGUGGGAGGGUGUUCCACAGGGCAGGUGCCACUACCGAGAAGGCCCUCUGCCUGGUUCCCUGUAACUUGGCUUCUCACAGCGAGGGAACCGCCAGUUGCCCCAUCAUCCCUACUACAUUGUCCUUUAGCCUUCUGUUGCAUUGAAACUGCCCACUGGCAAUACUCUGGGGCAUGGGUAGGCAAACUAAGGCCCAGGGGUUGGAUCCGGCCCAAUCGCCUUCUAAAUCUGGCCCACGUACGGUCCGGGAAUCAGCGUGUUUAUACAUGAGUAGAAUGUGUCCUUUUAUUUAAAAUGCAUCUCUGGGUUAUUUGUGGGGCAUAGGAAUUCAUUCAUAUAUUUUUUUCAAAAUAUAGCCCGGCCCCCCACAAGGUCUGAGGGACAGUGGUCCGGCCUCCUGCUGAAAAAGUUUGCUGACCGCUGCUCUGGUGAUUUGACACUGCAUUUACUGGGCAUUAAGGGCAUGUGCAAACGGCAUAUUUACUUUGGACUACUCAUGUAGUUAACAAAUCAGUCAUCACCCGUGCACCCAAAAUCUAAUGGAUUAGUCUUCGGACUUGGAGAAUACAUAAUUUAUAAACCUGCCUUGUAGAGUGUUUUGUGAAAUAUGAGCUUUUCUUCUCCUGAUUACCCCAUCAGAUCUCCUUAAGCUUUGGGUGGGUGUGGGGUGCAUGAUGCGCCAUGUCCAAAUGACACACAUGCUGCUUAUACAACCACUCUGUUUUGCUGUAUCUGCUGUUAGUGGAACAAGAACACUGCUGAAUGGUUGAGAAUUCUGCAGUAUCAUCACACUAUUGCUUGUGCAGUUCUAAAGAGAUCUCUUUUCCUUCUCUCCAUUUAUCUAACAAAAUUUAUGUAUCACUGGAUUGUAAGAGCAACAGUCACGUGCAAGUAGAACGUAAGUGUGUCGGGGGGAUGCUUGGAUUGUAGUUACUGGUAAGUGGUAUAUGAAUUGUUUAAAUACAUAAAACAAUAAAUACAUUUCAUUUAAACAAUAAAUACAUUUUAUUUUUAAAAAAAUCUUAUCUCAAAGUGAUUUUUGCGUAGACCCACACACAACCUGCUAGUGCUGUUCUUGUUGAAUGCAGGUUCCUUUUUUCCACAGCUGGAAUGUUCUUCGAAAAAAGUGCUUGCCAAUUAAGCCUUGCAUUAGUUUUGCCUAAAGCGUUAAUGGCACUGGCUUUGUGUGCCUGCCUGAGUUGUCAAUGACCAUGUUUAUUUUAUUUUGGUCUUUUUUUGGGGGGGGGGGGAGUGCUCGCUUCCAUAUUAGGAGAGCUCAUAUUGUUGGUUUUGCUUGCGUAAAGGAUUAUCUGGUGUCAAUUAAUGUUUCUCAGAUUACAGCUUUGCACAUUUGUUCCUGUCCAGCAGCAACUGAUGGGCCUGAUAGAUAUAUAUCUCUACUUUCCUGAGCGCUAGUCAGGCAAAUGCUCAAUUUCACAGAGAGGUGAAGUUUAAGCAAUGUUGGUUGAAGAGGAGAUAAUGUCUAAGUAGAAUGAAAUAAAGAAUAUAUGUGGGGGGGGGGGGAGAGACUGACAUUUCCCCCUCUAGCACCAGAACUCCAUCUCUUAUUAGCAGCCUGCAACCAGCAUGGCUGAUGGUCAAGGAAAAUGGGAUUGUAGACCAGGUGCAUUCACAGGGCACCAAGUGGAUUAUCUCUAGCUCAUCUUGCCUCUAAAGUAAAAGUAAAGGGACCCCUGACCAUUAGGUCCAGUCGUGGCCGACUCUGGGGUUGCGGCGCUCAUCUCGCUUUAUUGGCCGAGGGAGCCGGCGUACAGCUUCCGGGUCAUGUGGCCAGCAUGACUAAGGCGCUUCUGGCAAACCAGAGCAGCGCACGGAAACACUGUUUACCUUCCCGCCAGAGUGGUACCUAUUUAUCUACUUGCACUUUUGACGUGCUUUUGAACUGCUAGGUGGGCAGGAGCUGGGACCGAGCAACGGGAGCUCACCCCAUCGUGGGGAUUCAAACUGCCAACCUUCUGAUCGGCAAGUCCUAGGCUCUGUGGUUUAACCCACAGCACCACAUUGCCUCUAGUGAGAAACAAAUCUAAAAAUUUAAAACUCUACACGAAAACAGCAUCUGAUACAGCUAAAAUACAUAUUUUUGAAUAUUUUUGUUUUAUUAAGGUGAUUUCAGUUAAAAGAAAUAAAGUGAUACAGAAAAAAAAAUAACGAAAAGUGAGAGGGAGAAAAACAAUGACAAAGAUACAUAUUAAAGCAAAAAAAAUAAAGGCAAAAAAGAGAUCAAUAUUCCCUUACAUUCUUGUAUAAAUUGGUAUAGUGUUAUUGUCCUAGUGCUUAUGUAAAUGUUAAUAGCCCUACUACAUUUUGUAUAAAUUCAUUCCAAUUGUUAUCGUAUUUAUCCAUACAGAGUCUGUGCCUGUAAGCAGUCUGUUCAUAAAUUGCCAGUGAUGUCAUACCGUCAGUCCAUUGAUUGAAGAGUAUCAUAUUUAUUUUUCCAAUUCCUCCGUAUCAAUCUCUUGGCGGCCACCAUUAGGGCGCAGAAAAUCCAUUUCCAUUAUCCCGUUGAUAAUUUCUGAAGGGCAGAUGUGCAGGCGCUGAAGCUGGUCUCCCAGUGUGUGGUUUCGUAUCAGUGGCAUUUUGUCCGGCAGGAACCGCUUGGCAUUUCCCAUUUUUAAUUUGGAGAGGCGGGAUGGAAAUGGCGCACAUAGGGAGGAUUGCUUGCACCUGUAAUGAGCCCCACCCUCUUCACCCCUGAAAACCCUCUUCUCCAUUUCACUGCCUGCAAAUUGGGUGGCGAAAUUGGGACAUUUUUGUUCAGCCACAUGUGUCUGGCAUCCUGUGAGCAGCUUGGGAGGGCCAGGUUUUUUUUUGCCCUGGAUGAAGCCUCCAGAGGGGCGCCAUGGAGGCUCCUAGCCUGUGUAUGUGUGUGUACACAAAUGUGCAUGGGUGUGUGUGUGUGUACCAAACUGAGUCUUGGACCCAGGUGAAAGAAAGCCUGGUUUCAACCCUGCAAUUUGGAGUAGAAAAACAGGCUGGGGGAAGGAGCAAUUGUCCCCUAUUGACUUCCCAGACACCUGACCUGCUGAUAAUAAUAAGAAGAAGAAGAGGAGGAGGAAGAAGAAGAAGAAGAAGAAGAAGAAGAAGAAGAAGAAGAAGAAGGCAUAUAUAAAAACAUAAUUGAACAUUAAAAAAAUUUCCCCAGACAGGGCUGCCUUCAGAGGUGUUGUACAAGUUGCAUAGUUACUUUUCGUCUUGGCUCGGGGGUUGCAUAACUCCAUACCUUCCAAAAAAAAUCCAAUGAAAAUAACAACUAAUAAUAAUAAUAAAAAUAAAACAACAACAACAACAACUUUAUUUAUACCCCAUCCAUCUGGCUGGGUUUCCCCAGCCACUCUGGGCAGCUCCCAACAGAAUAUUAAAAACAUAAUAAAAGAGCAAACAUUAAAAACUUCCCCAAACAGGACUGCCUUCAGAUGUCUUCUAAAAGUCAGAGAGUUGUUUAUUUCCUUGACAUCUGCUGGGAGGGCGUUCCACAGGGAAGGAGCCACCACUGAGAAGGCCCUUUGCCUAGUUUCCUGUAACCUCACUUCUCGCAGCAAGGGAACCACCAGAAGGCCCUUGGAGCUGGGCCUCAGUGUCCGGGCUGGAUGAUGGGGGUGGAGACGCUCCUUCCGGGAUACAGGACCCGAUUUCAAUUAAAACAUCAAUUUGGUGCAGUAAAGUAUUGGUGCAGGCAUUUGCAAGUAGUACAGUGUUACCUGCUUCUCAAACUUAAUCCAUUCAGGAAGUCCGUUGCAAAACCAAAGCAUGCUUUCCCAUAGAAAGUAAUGCAAAACGAGUUCUACCACAUGUGGUGGACAUGCAGGAAAGUAAAAGGCUUUUGGGAAUUGAUCUACAAUGAGCUUAAAAGAAUUUUUAAAUAUACUUUUCCCAAAAAGCCUGAAGCUUUCCUGCUAGGAAUAGUUGGCAAGGAAAUUAAAAAAGAGGAUAAAAAUCUGUUUCUAUAUGCCACAACGGCCGCUAGAAAUAUGUUGGCCCAAAGCUGGAAAACAGAAUUAAUACCUACUAUAGACGACUGGCAGAACAAGAUGAUAAAUUAUGUUGAACUAGCUAGAAUAACAGGAAGACUAAGAGACCAGGAUGACCAGAAGUUUCAUGAAAAUUGGAAUAAAUAUCUGACGUAUAUAAGAGAUAAGUAUAGAACUUUGAGGACUCUGGCAGGGUUAGAAUAACUCUAACAGUGUUUGGCAAAUAUGUAAAAGAGAUAAAACAUGUAACUUUAGAAAUUAUCUGAUACUUAUCAAUAAAGUGAAGGGAAGUCCGAGGCUCGGCGGAGCCUAUAAAUAAUUGUGUACUAUAUAUAUGAUUUUUGUAACAGCUAUGUUAUAUGCAACUUAUGUAAUCUAGACUGUAUAUAUGUAUAAUCAAUGAAAAUUAAUAAAAAUGUAUUAAAAAAAAAGAAAGUAAUGCAAAACGAAUUAAUCCAUUCCAGACUUUUAAAAACAACCCCUAAUACAGUAAUUUAACAUGAAUUUUACUAUCUAACAAGAACAUUGAUCCAUAAAAUAAAAGCAAUAAUCAAUGUACUGUACUAUAAAAGAAAUAAGACAGUAUUGUAGAUGAUAAACAUGAAAAUUUAUUUUUUUUCUUCCCUGCACUGAUGAUAGUCAUUGUUUGGAUGGGGGUCUUUUAUCCAUUUCUGCAGUCACGCAUACAGUCAGUAGCUGAACUGGGUUCCACACAGUCACAAAAACAAAUGAACCAAAAAAGCCUCAAAAACAAAAACGCAAAAUAAAUAGCAAUAACAAAAGCACCGAACUUAAUCCGUUCCGGAAGUCCGUUUGACUUCUGAAAUGUUCGAAAACCAAGGCACAGCUUCUGAUUGGUGCAGGCGCCCCGGAAAAAAAUACGACAACUGCAUCAGAUGUUCACCUUCCAAAAAAUGUUUGAAAACUGGAACCCUACUUGUGGGUUUUCGGAGUUUGAGAACCAAAGCGUUUGAGAACCAAGGCGUUUCAGAACCAAGGUACCACGGUAUAUUGCUUUCCCUAAGACUCUGUAAGUGAGCCUUCCCCCAGCCCAGUGACUUCCAGGUGUUUUGGACUGCAACUGCUGACUAGAGCUGAUGGGGACCUGCAGUCCCUUAAUUUAACGUAGGAGGACACCAGUUUGCAGAAGGCAGGGGUGGUCAUGCAAACCCAUGUCCCUCUUUCAAAUCCUGACCCAUGAAUUCCACUUGGCUGGCUUUGAGCAAUCCAGGUAGCUUCUGCCUCAAGUCUCCUGCCUGCAGUGUGUAUAUGACGACAAUGACAACAACAACAAUUUUAUUAUUUAUACCCCGCCCGUCUGGCUGGGUUUCCCCAGCCAUGCUGGGCAGCUUCCAGCACAUAUAAAAACAUAAUAAAACUUAAAAAAUGCUGGUGAUGAUGGCGACAUUUCAGGGCUAUUAAGAUGCUUGCUAAAAUAACAAUGCUACACAUAGAUAAUAUUCAGCAACUGUACAGUGUACAGUGUACUGUACAGCAACUGAUUUUAUAAUGAAAUGAUUUUAGAAUGUUGUAUCAUUUUACUGUUGUUAGCUGCUCUGAGCCCGGCUUCGGCUGGGGAGGGCGGGAUAUAAAUAAAUUAUUAUUAUUAGUUAUUUAUGUUCGUAAUAAAAAUUAUUUUAAGCCCUUUGAACAUUGGAAUGGCUUAUACUAAUGCUAAGUAAAUGAUGAAAGUGUGCUGAUUUACUUCUUCCAUUCCAUUAAGUCAUCCCAAGUCUCGCAGGUUACAAUAUUUUUCUCCUGGUUGUUAAAGAAGAGGUUUCGAUCCCUGUUGGAGUAGCUGAAACUGCUAGCUCUAUAGCAAUUCAAAAUAAUUAGACCAGCCUCUGGCUCUUUAGUUUUGAAGUACAGAAAUAACUUAGAAGGUUUUCUUGCCUCAUUUCUUUGCGUCUGUAGCACACCAAGGUAAAGGGUUUCAAGGUGGUGAUUUUUCUUCCGCAAGCAUGAAAUCAGCUGUGAUUGUUCUCAUUUAGGAAAUGUGUCCAUUCCAACGAACUUUGCCUGUUUGCUUAAUAUUCCCAAUUUUUGGCAAAUGCUUUUUGUUGAGAUCAAUCAAUAUUCAGCUGUAAAAUCUUCCCACCUGUUUUAAUAAGGCUUUAAUGCUUCUUUAAUGAAAGGACAGAAUGAUGUGGGAGAUGAACAUCUCAAGAAAUUCUCCCCUUUUCAUCUUUUAAAAAGCAGGUGUUUAUUGAUAUUUAUUUAUGUGUAGAAUUGGCAGUCUUCCAAACUUCGCAAGACAUAUUGAUGUUCCUUGCCGACAUAAGCAGUUUUUCAUAAAAAAAGAAAAAUUGUGAGACAGUUGCCCUAUAUUUGUCUUGUAUAUGAGCAAAUUCCCCACCUCAAACUGGUGUUCAGGUAAAGCAAAGCAUUAAUCAGAACAUUAAUAAUAAUAAUAAUAAUAAUAAUAAUAAUAAUAAUAGUAGCAGUAGUAAAUAUAGCAGAAUAAAAUACAGAAACACAAGAACAAUAAAUCUUUUAAACAGACUCUGAAACAAUAAAACUGUCCGUACAAGCUCUAAAAACAAGGAAACAAUUUCAUCAGAUGUAAAAGUGAGCUUUCACAAAUGACUGGGUCACAACUUAGGGAAAGCCUUCCUUAAGCAAACAUGUCUUGAUUCUGGUUUCUAGAAUAGGUGGUACUCUGAGCAGUUCUCCAUAAUAGUGGGCAAGGCCGUCCAUUAGAUAUCCUGGUCCCAAGUUGCUCAGGGCUUUGAAUGCUAAAAGCAGAACCUUGAACGAUGCCCAGAAGCGUACUGGCAGUCAUUGAGACCAGUUCACAUAGACCUGUUGAGAUUACACAGGACCUGGGGCCGUCCAUCUGUCUUGUCUGGCGUCCCCAUAAACCCCUCUGACUCUGUCCUGAGCCCUGCCUUGAUCCCUGAUUCUUCCCAAUUAUCCCCCGGGUCUCGAGAGCAAAGGUGGUAGUGGACCCAACAGGAACCUCAGAGUUGUUGUUGGGUGGCCCAAUUGGCUGCCAAGCCGUUGUGUUGCCAGGUGUGAAGUUGGGAAGAAGGGUCUAUUCAGGCAGUGACCCAGUUGCAAGCAACGGUUGAGCUGAGGACCAAGUAGAAUGGGAGUUUGAGUGACAAUGUGUUUGUGCCUCUGUUUCAGUCUUUUCUGAACAUUUGCUCAGUUAACAGAUACCUUUUUAGCUCAUUAAUUAAUUUCCAGUUCGUUUUCUCCUGCACUGCAGUUCCCUGGCUCAGCUCCUGCUCUGACUUUGGCCUCCGUGCCUGGUGGUGGUAAUGGGCUGAUGUUUGUAACAAAUUUCUUUACUGGUUACUUCCUAACAUACAAGUCAAGUCCAGGAUGUACACCAUAUACAAUCCUUAAGCAAGGUAUAUAACCUAUUUAAUUAAAUCCAAUGCAGAUAUAUUUCUUCCUUUCUUAAUACAUUCUUGUUUGAGUUCAUAUAUUACACAGUCCUCGGAUGUGGUUAAGGAAAGCUCCCCGGAAGAAAUAUAUCUGGAAAUCUGCAUUCAAUUUUCUGUAUCUUUCACUAUUUCCCUUGCAUUUUGCUUGCUUUCUCUCCCCCACUAUUUGUAAGACCUCGUUGGACAGCCACUUUGCUUUUUUGCAUUUCCUUUUCAUUGGGAUGGUUUUCAUUGCUGCCUCCCGUAUAAUGUUACAAGCCUCCAUCCAUAGUUCUUCAGGCACUCUGUCCACCAAAUCUAAAUCCUUAAACCUGCUCCUCACUUCCACUGUGUAUUCAUAAGGGAUUUGAUUUAGAUUGUAUCUUACUGGCCCAGUGGUUUUUCCUACUUUCUUCAGUUUAAGCUUCAAUUUUGCUAUAAGAAGCUGAUGAUCUGAGCCACAGUCAGCUCCAGGUCUUGUUUUUGCUGACUGUAUAGAGCUUCUCCAUCUUUGGCUGCAGAGAAUAUAAUCAAUCUGAUUUCGAUGCUGCCCAUCUGGUGAUGUCCAUGUGUAGAGUCGUUUUUUGUGUUGUUGGAAAAGCGUGUUUGUGAUGAGCAGCUGGACCCUAGAUGGUAUUAAUGAGCAAGAUGGCUGCCCAGCACUGCUUGGUUGAGAAAUCCCUCUCCACCUGAGCACCAUUGACACAGGUGGCACUGUGGUCUAAACCACUGAGCCUCUUGGGCUUGCCAGUCAGAAGGUCAGUGGUUCAAAUCUGCGUGAAAGGGUAAGCUCCCAUAGCUCUGUCCCAGCUUCUGCCGACCUAGCAGUUCGGAAGCACACCAGUGCAAGUAGAUAACUAGGUACCGCUCUGGCGGGAAGGUAAAUGGCAUUUCCGUGCACUCUAGCACUUGUCACGGUGUCCCGUUGUGCCUUCUCGGUAGUGGCACCCUCCCUGUGGAACACCCUCCCUUCAAGAUGUCAAGGAAAUAAGCAACUAUCUGACUUUUAGAAGACAUCUGAAGGCAGGCCUGUAUCGGGAAGUUUUUAAUGUUUGAUGUUUUAGUAUAUUCUGAUAUAGGAUGUGAGCUGCCCAGAGUGGCUGGGGAAUAAAUAUUAUUAUUAUUAUUAUUAUUAUUAUUAUUAUUAUUUAAUUAAUUUAAUUAGUGGUCUAGUCAUGCUGGCCACAUGACCCGGAAAGCUGCCUGUGGACUCCCUCGGCCUUAAGUGAGAUGAGCACCGCACCCCAUAGUCGCCUUUGACUGGCUUUAACCAUCCAGGGGUUCCUUACCUUUACCUUUUUACCUUACCAUUGAUUAGAAGAGGAUUGUAUACUUUUGAUAAUAUCAACACCAUUUUCUGGACUCUAGUGAGAUUCCAUCUUUUGAAAGCACCAUAAGAACUUUAUUAGUUGUUGAGUUGGGAGUAGAAAUCAUGCCUUAAAAUGUUGGGACUGAGAGAGGUAGAAAUUCAGAUAAUUCUACUGUAUGCAGGCAAUCCAGAUCUUUUAGUACCCGUGUUUCCUUUCCAAAGAUGUUAAAUGCUUAAAGGUACACAUCCAGCUACCUGCUUCCCUAUGGCAAAUGGAUUGCCUUAGGGUGAAAGUAAACUGUUGCACUUGGAAGUCUUUUAAAUUACCCCCAGAUAGCCUCCAGACACAUUACAAAGAACAAUCCUUUGCUUGUUUUUAAGAUCUAGAGCUAGUAAAAAUUAAUACCUGCAUGCAACUUUCAUCAUAGAUAUCUGAGUAUCUAAUCUUUAGAGUUAGUACCUUUCCAGACACUUGUUUUUGGGGAGGAUAACAUGACUUACCUCUUAACACUGUCCUAGUCCUAAUGGUGUAGAUCAAUGUCCAUUAAAUGGGAGGAAGCAGAGGUGUGUGUGUGUUGUCUGGGGGGUGGGGAAGGCUAAGCACACAUUGUCUGAUGUAAAAAAGGAAACAAAUUGGGAGGCUAUUUUAAAAUUGCAAAAAGAGGCUGGGCAAGGACUUGUGGCAUUGGUGACUGUCCCCCUGCAGGAAAACAUUGCAGAAGUUUCCGGUUCUGGGUUGAGAAUCACCUUUUGCCAGUAACAGCAGUUACCAGUGCUGGGCUCUGGGAAACUUAAGUUACUGACUACGGCUGGGUUCAGGUGUGAUGCUGAACUAUAUUUAAAUAUAAUGCACACAAACUCUGUGCUCAUGCAUGUCUGUCUCCUUCAGUGCAGCCAUGACCAAGAAAUCAAAUGUUUUCACUUCUGUUUUUCAACUUAGCAUGGUUUGUUAUACAUAAACCAAGAACUAUGGCUAGCCUCAACUAUGACUUAGUGUAGACUUUCCCAACCAGCAAUUUCAACGGUCAAGGGUGAUACAUUAUGUUAUGGUUUCUUUAUAUACUGCUUUUUGGCCUUAAAUUUUUCAAAGCAAUCCUACAAAAGAAAAGAAAGCAAUAAAACGGGUGAUGGGAAUUCCUGUCAUAUUUGCAGGCAGCACACAAAACUGGGAAGGAUAGUUCACAUCUCAGAAGAAAAGAAUGAAAUUCAAAUGAGCUGGAUGGAUUGGAAAAUUGGGCUGAAACUAACACAAUGAAAUUCAACUGAGACUAAUGCAAAGUUCAUUACUUGUAUGGGCAGAGGGAGGGAAAUACUCAGGCAUAGGAUGGGGGACAACUGGCUUGGCAUUGUGGUCUAAACCACUGAGCCUCUUGGGCUUGCUGAUUGGAAGAUUGGCGGUUCAAAUCUACAUGAUGGUGAGACCUCUCAUUGCUCUGCCCCAGCUUCUGCCAACCUAGCAGUUCGAAAACAUGCCAGGGCAAGUAGAUAAAUAGGUACCACUGUGGCAGGAAGGUAAACAAUGUUUCCGUGCGCUCCGGAUUCCAUCGCGGUGUUCUUUUGCACCAGAAGCGGUUUAGUCCUGCUGGCCACAUGACCCGGAAAGCUAUCUGUGGACAAAGGCCGGCUCACUCAGCCUGAAAGUGAGAUGAGUGCUGCAACCCCAUAGUCGCCUUUGACUGAACUUAACCGUCCAGGGGUCCUUUACCUAUUUGAAAAGGCUCUCAAAAUUCCAGUUAGUCAGAAGCAGAGCACGAGUUAGCAUUGAUGCAACUGCAUAAAAAAAGGUCUAAUGAGAUUUUAGGCUCCAUGAAUAGGACCAUAGUUUCCAAGUCACUGGAAGUAAUAGAUCCCCUUUAUUCUUCACCGGUCCAAUUUUCUCUGGAGUGCUGUGUCUAGUUCUGGGUGCUGCACUUUAACAAAGAUAUAGACAAAUUGGAAUUGAUUCAGAGGAGGGCAACUGAGAUGGUCAGCGAUAUGGAAAACCGGCCCUAUGAGGAAAGGUUGAAGGAUUUAGGAUAUUUAGCUUGGAGGAGAGAAAAUAGAGGACUAACAUAUAACACUUUUCAAAUCUCUGAAGGGCUAUAAUGUAGAAACGGACAAAAGUUUAUCCUCUGCAGCUUGAAAGUCAAGACUAGAUGUAAUAGGCUUAAAUAUCAGAGAGUAGAUUUGGCUUGAAUAUUAGGAGCAACUUAUUGAUGAGAAAGAGCAGUUUGAAAAUGGAAUCAAUUGGCUAGGAAGGUGUUGGGAUCUCCCUAACUGGAGGUCUCCAUACAGAAGAUGCUCUCUCUUGUUAUGGAUUUCCUGUACUGAGGUUACUGGGGUUAGACUAGAUCAACCUUCACCAACUUGGUGUCGUCCAGAUGGUUUGGACUCCCAACUCCCAUCAGCCCCAGCCAUCACUGUUGUUUCAGAGUUGAGAACAAAGAGAGGGGGAUACAUCAUUCAGAAGUCAUCUGCUUGUGUGAACAAUGUUAGUGUGGGAGCCCUAAACUCAGGGGUUUUUUUUGGUUUUUUUGCUGCAGUAUGCUAGGAAUCUUUAGCAUACUUCCUGUAUUCUGGCACCAGCAGCUGUUUUGUGUGUGUGUGUGUGUGUGUGUGUGUGUGUGUGUGUUCGUGUUCCAUGUGAAUGGAGACCAAUGCCAGUACAGAGUCUUGCCCAUAGGAUCACAUCCACGGGCAAAAAUAAUAUUUCUAUAUUUAAAUUGUUAACCUACCACAUCUUAUGCUCAUUAGAUUGUCUCCAAACAAAAGCCUAGCUAUAAAAGAUGAACUAUCAUGGAUCAGAGGUGUAACAUGAAGAAAUUAUGCAGAGGAUAAUUAAGUCUUUCUAGACACAAUUAUUACUUUGGCAGCAUGUGUGAAAGACUUGGAGUAACCUAUUGAUUCUAAUUAUUAAAACUAACUGAAUCACCGAAUUUUUCUAAAAUUGGCUUCUGGUAAUGGGGAUUAAUAUGAAAUUAAGCCAUUAUAUUGAAAAGAAAAGAAAUUGACCCCCAUCCGUGCAUAGCAUCAGAAUCUUUGAUUUUUAAAAAUCACUGUUGAAUUUUUAUCACUUGUAGUCACUUGUAGCAUUGAGGACUUUGCUAGAAAUGAUAGUCAGAUCUGUGAACUAAUGAGAUUUAGGUGAUUUUUGAUGGUGGUAGGAUUUGGGAACGAUACUUUCACUGUAUCGUUUGACAACGAGGCAGAUCAGCUCUCUUCAAAUUUCAGACAAUGCCUUGUUAGGAGUGUUCCAACAGACCUUACGUUUUUAUAAGGCUUAUAAAUAGCUGUUUGUUUCACCACCUGUGGCAAGAAAAUAUUCCUCCAAUCUCACCUUUCCUUAAAAAAAAAUAAUGUGUGUGUGUGUUCAUUGACUGGGGAAGCUUCUGAACCCUUUAAGAUUAUUUGAUCCACUCUUAUGGCCUUAAGUCAUGUGCAUCUCUCUAUGUGUAGAUCUGCAUCCUGCCCCUUAUAUAUAAGACCUGUAGUCUCACAAGACUAUACAACAUGAUUCCAGGAGUUCUGAAAAGCAUCAUUGGAAGUGAGGUGUUUGGGGUGAGAAGCUGAUAGACAAUCCAGAACUGUUGCAGUGGAAUUUGACAAGAGAAGGAAUAACAUUAUUUGAAACUUAACUCUUACGUUAAGUACUGAAGCAAACCAUCUCCCUGUUUUACUGUGAGAGCAUUAGCUUUGUGCUAAGUAGUAAAAAUGCAGUGAAACCUGUGUGGAUAAAGGUGUCAAGUCUUAUUCAUGAGUCUUUCAGAUCUUGAAGAAGAAACACAUUACCAUCCCUUUUUUCUCCCAAAGUACAUACAGUGGUACCUCGGGUUACAUACGCUUCAGGUUACAUACGCUUCAGGUUACAGACUCUGCUAACCCAGAAAUAGUACCUCGGGUUAAGAACUUUGCUUCAGGAUGAGAACAGAAAUUGUGCUCCGGCGGCUCGGCAGCAGCGGGAGGCCCCAUUAGCUAAAGUGGUGCUUCAGGUUAAGAACAGUUUCAGGUUAAGAACGGACCUCUGGAACGAAUUAAGUACUUAACCCAAGGUACCACUGUACAGUCAUACCUCGAGCUGAAUGCGCUUCGGGUUGAGCGCGUUCGAGUUGCGCUCCGCGGCAACCCGGAAAUAACGGAGUGCGUUACUUCCGGGUUUCGCCGCUUGCGCAUGCGCAGAUGCUGAAAAUGACGUCAUGCGCGGAAGCGGGGAAACGUGGCGUGCCGUCGCACCGUCCCAUCUUGCGUUCUGUUUGGGAUGCGAACGGGACUCCGGAAUGGAUCCCAUUCACAUCCUGAGGUACCACUGUACAUAAGUACGAAAUUUUAAAUGGAACCAAGAGCUCUUAUUUAGAGGAUGGAUUCUCAUUCUAGUCUCGUGUUGGGUCAUAGCGGCAGGUGGGGUUGUGGGUGAGGAAGAGGAAGAAGGGAGGCAAGAGGAACCAUGGGGAUUGCAUAGUGGAAGGUGAGAAUGUCACACAGGCAGCUCAUGGGGCAGGAAACAUUUAAUAAUCUAGGGAGAAGUACAUUUUUUAAAAAAGUUGCUUGGAAAAGACAGUCUGUUUUAGAGUUGCAAAAUGAAUCUGCCAGCUCCCAGACUCUCUAGAAAGGCCUGCUGUGGAAAUAAGGGAGUGCUUUACCAGGCUAUGCUAUGAUGUGUGGGUGGCCUGAGUCAUGGUGACUUGUCCAAAGCCAACCUAGAGAGCUUUGUGGCUGAAUCAGGAUUUGAACCCAGAUCUUCCAGAUCUAAUAUGCUACUUCACAGUCCUCUUGUGUGAAGAGGGACAGAGUAGACUAUUUUCAGGCUUGAAUGUUGCGGGAAAGGGUAGAGAGGGCUUGGGGUUUGUUUCUCUGUGCUUUACUUCAUUGUCUUCCCAUCUUCUGAUGCAUAUUUAGCGACCAAACCUUCAGGACAGGCAUUGUAUAUUUUAUGUUUGUGGAAUGUAACGUUACUUCUCCUAAAUCCUUGGAAUAGGCUGCAGGAUUGCUGAACUGACCAUCCCAUAGACACUACUUCCAUUCAUUGUAUCUGUGUGACAAAAUAGGCUCCAACUUGGUCUAGUGUGUAAUUAUAAAUACCCAAUCACCAUGAAAUUUGCUUUUAAUUAUUAAAUCUAGAGAUGGAAAACUCUCUAAUGCAGUUAAUAAUUCUUCCUAUACAGUACUUCUAAUUUCUAUUAGAAAUGGGCCCUCUCAAACAAAAUUGUAGCACUAAUAAUACUUUAUUUAUAUAUAGUCCGAAAAGUACCUGGUAUGGUAUACAGCAUAAUCAGGAAAUUAUAUAAUAUAAAUCAAUAAAAAGUGCAAAUGCAACUAGCAGUCCAUUUCUGAAAGCAAUAACAAGGAACAUAAAAUGUGGCUAACACUUAAAAACAAAGCAACAACUCAACAGCGGCAAGGGUAAAAGAUGUUACACAUUUAAAAAGUGGAAGCAAUAAAAUGGGAUGUUUUAGCGUUUUAAAUGCCUGCUGAAAUAAAGGGUCUUCAACUGCUUUAUCUGCGCAUAACUUACCCUAAUUGGAAUUUUACAAAAUUAUACUUAGGCUGUUGUUGUUUUUUGGUUACCUCUUUACAACUCAGACGCUUUGUAAAACUAAAGCGUGGAGUGAUGGGUGUUUAGCUGCACAGCUGUGAUUCCAGGCAAAAAAAUGUGGUCCAAUUUAAGCUGGAGGACCAAAUGGUAUGAGAUCCAACGGAAGAUGGCUGUUGGUCAUUCAGAGGCUGCAGGACCUUGGAUAGCUCCAAGUCUGUUAUCUUGCCUGUGUUCUUAUAUACUUCCCUAAGCCCCACAUCAUCAGACUGUGGGUUGCCUCUUAGGGCUUGGAACCUGGCACUUCUUUGGGGAGGGGGCGGGCUCCAAUGUUCGGGGUUGUUUGUAUGAUGGGCCUCUGUUUGAUAGCUUGGACAUGCAGGAGAUACCAGCUAGGGAUGCUUGAGGAAUUCUGACGUGAACAGGCCUGAUCCCCAAAUCCUGAAUUUCACACUUCUCCAGAUUUUGUAGUGCAGUGAAACGGCCAACCUCAGAUAGUGGAUUUGGAGCAGUAUUUGAUGAUCUCCUUCUUUUGCUGUUGUCGUUUAGUCAUGUCCAACUAUUCGUGACCCCCUGGACCAGAGCACGCCAUGCACUCCUGUUUUCCACUGCCUCCCGCAGUUUGGUCAAACUCAUGCUGGUAGCUUCAAGAACACUGUCCCACCAUCUCGUCCUCUUUCGUCCCCUUCUCCUUGUGCCCUCCAUGUUUCCCAACAUCAGGGUCUUUUCCAGGGAGUCUUCUCUUCUCAUGAGGUGGCCAAAGUCUUGGAGCCUCAGCUUCAGGAUCUGUCCUUCCAGUGAGCACUCAUGGGUGAUUUCCUUCAGAAUGGAUAGGUUUGAUCUUCUUGCAGUCCAUGGGACUCUCAAGAGUCUCCUCCAGCACCAGAAUUCAAAAGCAUCCAUUCUUCGGCAAUCAACUUUCUUUAUGGAUCUCCUUCUACCGGUCCACAAUAGAAAGUGUCCUUUCAUACUGCGUCAUGGUGUGGUGCGCUGGUUAGACAUCAGUGGAUAGGAAGUGCCUACAGAGGGUGGUGAAUACAGCACAAGAUAUUAUGGGUUGUCCUGUGAAUCCGCUGGAUGACAUCGCGGAAAAACGUUGCCUCCGGAGAGUGAGGAAAAUUCUGAGGGAUGAUUCACAUCGUGGCCGGCACUUUCUUGCUCUCCUGCCCCCGGGCAGAAGAUAUAGAAACAUGAUUAGUUGCACCAACAGGGUAAAGAAUAGCUUCUAUCCGUGGGCUGUUAGGCUGUUGAAUGAAAAGAUAACAACAGGGCAACUGUCUUUUGGGUUUGGUGUGUGUGCGUCAGUAAACGAGGGGAAUUAAGACUAAGAGAGCUGAGUGGGGGGUGCUCGCGUAAUCUCACUGUAUACAAGUUGUACAAGUGACAAUAAAGUAUUACAAUUUCAAUUUCAGUAUGGUGCACAGCAAAACUGAAGACAGAUUUAACCAAUGGAGCAUGGUUUGGCCAGGGAUCUCCCCACUGAAAUGAACCAGAGUUGUGCAAGAGUAGGAAAUCGUCCUGGUGGAUUGUGAAAGAGAAGGAUUGGCAUUUAUUUUCUUCUUUGCACAGCCCUGGUGUGAGGCUCUGAGAAUCAGCUAUGCCGCACUCCCUUGUAACUCUUCCCAAAUGGUCUAAAAGCGGAGAGGCAACCGAACCUCUCUUACUGCCUUACGGAUGCUCCUGGAUCGCCCAUCUGCAGCUCUUGGUGAUUGCUGAGCAAAGCUUCCAUUUUAUCACGCACAGCCUUUGAAGCGCACUAUUGUUCAGCGAGGCGAGAGCAUCCGAGUGUGACACCGCUGCCACUUAAUAGCGUGGAAAGUUCAAGUUGAGUGUUUACAGUGCUUCCUCUCCCCUUUCUCAAGGCAUAUCCUUCAUAUCCACACCCCCACCUCCUCUCACCCCCUUUGACUGACACACGGGCCAUUGAGUGAUGGCGCGACCUCUGUUGUGUUGCUAUUUACACUUCGUCUGAAGUAAUUUCCUUUGCCGGCGACUGCUUUCACAGCAGAGAUGUGAUAGGAGAGUCACCAAGUUGCGGUGGACAGGUUGCUGGAGGUUGCCCAACAGUAGGGGCCUCUUAGGAUUGUCGUGCUGGAAUUCUUGCUCCUCUGGGUAUUUGGCAGUUUCUAAGCAAACAUAGCACUGGAGCACUUCUACUGUAUGUCUUCUAGGUCUGUCUUUUCUAUUAUAUUCAGUCUUGCUCUGUUUUUAGUUGUGUGUUGUCUGUCCAUUCCUAUUGUGUCUGCGGUGCAAAGCUGCUGUAAUAAAAUAAGUUUCUUUUUAAAAUUUUUAAAAUUUUUAUUAGCAAUUUCAACAUAACAAAUUAUCAAACCAUAUAAUCACAUACUGUAUUUUUUGCACCAUAACACUCACUUUUUUCCUCUUAGAAAGUAAGGGGAAAUGUCUGUGCGUGUUAUGGAGUGAAUGCCUGCGGGUGGGAUCUGCUGCAGUCGUGAGCAGAGGAUCCAUGGUUCCCCUUCCUUCCCUCCUCCGUGGUUACAAAGCAUGGAUCCACAUGGAUCCUCAGGAUUUUUGCAUUGGGCUACUCCAAACUCACUGUCAGAUCACAUGUCUGUGGCCACAGCAUGAACCACAAAAAUCAUAUAUCCACUAUUUCGUUUAGAAUAUUUUUUUUCUUGUUUUCCUCCUCUAAAAACUAUGUGCGUGUUAUGGUCUGGUGCGUGUUAUAGAGUGAAAAAUACGGUACAUUAUUUUCCCCCUCCCCCCUCCCUCCCCCACCAAAGACUUCCCUCAGCUCCUCUCUCUGAUUUCUCAGCACAUAUUAUUCUCUGCAUGUUACAAAAUUUUACAUAUCCUUGCAUUAUCUAUCUAACAUGUUAUCAACCAAUAAAUAUGUGUAUGUUUAUUCAAAACCUGCCAAGGAGUCCAGUUUAUUUUGUUGUCUUUUUAGAUAAUUUGUAAAAAGCUCCCAUUCCUCCGUAAAGCCACAGUUGUCCUUCUCCCGCAAUUUGUAUGUCAGUUUAGUCAUCUCUGCAUAACUCAUCAAUUUUUCUUGCCACUGUUCUUUCGUUGGGAUUUCCUCAUUCUUCCAUCCUUGUGCUAUCAAGACUCUUGCUGCUGUUGUAGCAUACAUAAAUAAAUUCUUUGUUUCUCUUGGCAGGUCUUGUCCUACAAUCCCUAACAAAAAUGCUUCUUGGUUUUUUUACAAAUGUCAUUUUAAACAUUUUUUUUUUCAGUUCAUUGUAUAUCAUUUCCCAAUAAUUUUUAAGUAAAAAAAUAAGUUUCAAGCCUGCAUCUGCUUUGGUGGGCUCUUGCCACAAUAAAAUGUGUUCAGACUUUAAGGUGUCCCAAGUUUAUUUGCUGUGUUUGUUGCAUUGAACUGGCACAGCCCCUCUCCUAGAUUUUACUUGUCUUUCUGACUUGUUUCUUCUCCCUGCCUCUCCAGUGCCAAUGUGAAGUUGAACUAUGUAUUUGACUAGGUAGAAGUGUUGCAGAAACUAUUUCAGGCAGACCCCGUUUGGUGCAAACAUAAGCAAUGUAAUAAUCAGUUACUGAACUGAGAAACAAAUGUUUCCAGUGCCACUGCUUGUCCACACUUAUAAAACAAAAAUGAUUUUGUAAAUCCCGCUUUUAAAUGGGUGACGUGGUCGCAUGGUCUAGUGAAACCAGUGCAGCAGAUGAACUUAGCAUCUAAAGACCUGUAUGGAAUGAGCAAGGAAUAGAUUUGGAUCUCCUAGUGCAGUCCUCUUCAACCUUGGACUACAACUCCCAUCAUUCACGAGCUGGCUACGGAUGAUGAGAGUUGUAGUCCAUCAACGUCUGGGGACCCAAGUUUGAAGAUCACCCUGCUGUAGAUCACUUGGUGAUUUGCAGUAGGUGGUUAAAGUAGGGGUGGCUAACCUUUUUGGGGCUAAAGACUACAUUGACCCCAAGAUCUACCCUUCUGGGGGCUGCGUGGUCAAAGUGGGCAUAGCCAAAAUGUGAAAGUGGGUGUUGCCAUUUUGGGGUGGGCUUAGAAGAUGGCAUAUUUGGAGUUGGGAGAUUGAGAGCUCAAAAACAGGGGGGCGGGGUGAAGGGAGGAGUAGAACAAGUGAACUCAAGCGCCAGUUCUUAUAAUGACUACUUUGGAUGGGAACAGUGGAAAGCCACUGUACCGCAGUCUGGCAGUCCUGCCUCUCAGGUUGCAAUGGCUGCCAAUAGAUCAGUUCUGGAACCAAAUGGAAAUGAGUUUGAAUUACAAUAGUCGAGGUACGUCUCCAGGUCUUCACGCAUCCUGGCCAGCACAGCAAAUAAGUGGUCUGAUUACAUAGUACUUGUAAAUAUUACCUGCUGAGGCUUGCAGCAAGAGGACAUCCCUGCUGUGUUGCCUGUCAUUGUACCCUGGUGGUGUGCUGAACCCCUCUCCAACCUCGUAGCCGCUUGCUGGAAUUGCUGGGUGUUCAUAAUUCUCAGACUUGGUUCACUGUCUCUAUUAUGGUAGAUUUCUUUUUCUUUUUCUACUUUAUUUUCAACGCAAAAUUUCAACAUAAAAGAUAAACAAAAUAAUACAUUAGUCAAAAAAUCAAAGAAAAAAAAAGAACAACCACAAAAACGUAAACAAACAUACAUAUACUUUGACUCCCUCCCAUCCUUUUGAGACUUCAACUUUUCAUUUUAUCUUAAUUGUUGUGUUAUAUAUAUAUUAUGUUAUUUCUAGCUUUAGACCUUUUAUAACCAUUUCUUCAUUCCCUUGACCUUGCAAACUUCAUUUAUUACAUACCGAUAUGUUAAUUCCAGAACAAUGUUUAUUCAUAUACUCUUUAACACAAUCCCAUUAUUUUAUUAAUUGUUUAUCUGAUAGUCCUCUUAAGACUGCCAUUAACCUUGCCAAAUCUAUGUAUUAUGGUAGAUUUCAUGAGCCCAUGAGCUGAGGAUUGGAGGUCCACCAUGCAGACCUAUGACAAUGGCACUUUGUACUUUAUGCAAAUUUUAGCUUUCCUGGAAUCUCAUCUCAAGAAAUUUGGGGGAAUUGUAAUUGCGGGUGGAUAGGAGUUUCUUAACUGUCAAUUUUGGGAGGAGGGGGCGUGACUGUUAAAUUACUUUAACAUUGCGUUUGUAGCAUAGAAGUAUCCAUGAUAUUUCUCUUUGAAGUCAUUCCUUUUUAAAUCAAAAGACUCUUAUCUUCGGCAUUAAAAGAUUCUAUCUGCGAAGCACUCUGGUGGACAAUUUUAAAUUCACACCAGUCAGAAAAUUGAGACUUAUGGUCCCUGCGGCAAAAGUAACGGCCACAGUGCAUACAUAUAUUACGGUGUAAACUUAAUGGCUCUAUAAAUACAGUAGCAAAAAAAUACUGCAGACGGGCAGGAGUGCCAAGCUGCAAAUGCUGAGAGGACCAUAAACUUGGCAUGUGUGACAUGUAAAUCUUCGGCUGCAACGUUGUGUGGCGGAUGAGGCUCACAGACAGGGAACACACAUUCUUCCAGUUGCGAGGGGAGGCUUUUGCAAAUAUUCAUUGAUUUGGACUGUUGGAGUCUCUUUCCCGGCCAUCCUCUCCACCCCCAGGUUCUUUGCUUUUUUAUAGCCUCCAUCUUCUCCCUCUUUAAAGGUAAAGGUAAAGGUACCCCUGCCCAUACGGGCCAGUCGUGUCCGACUCUAGGGUUGUGCGCUCAUCUCACUUAAGAGGCCGGGAGCCAGCGCUGUCCGGAGACACUUCCGGGUCACGUGGCCAGCGUGACGAAGCUGCUCUGGCGAGCCAGCACCAGUGCAGCACACGGAAACGCAGUUUACCUUCCUGCUAUAAAGCGGUACCUAUUUAUCUACUUGCACUUAAGGGUGCUUUUGAACUGCUAGGUGGGCAGGAGCUGGGACCGAAAGACGGGAGCUCACCCCGCCGCGGGGAUUCGAACCGCCAACCAUGCGAUCGGCAAGUCCUAGGCGCUGAGGUUUUACCCACAGCGCCACCCGCGUCCCAUUCUCCCUCUUUAGAGAGCCGCUGAUACAAUGCUAACUUAGAAGUGGCAGGAAAGCUAAUUAAUUAAGCACUAAUUGUUAAGCCAAUUGUUGCUAGGCUUAACAUUUGACUUGUUUACUAUCUGGAAAUAAAAAGGAAAAGAACUAAUGAUCUAACAAAUUGCUCAUCGCUCAUAAAUGUCCACAUUGUUGUAUGUAUGAAUGAUUAUUUUAUGAAGUAAGCAUCUUUUUUUUCUUUUCCUUUUAAAGGCAAUCCAGAAGUGGUGUAAAUGUGAUGGGUAUGAUGUUUAAAAUUGUCUAGGUAGCCGUGGAGACAAAUGGUAUGCCUAAUAAAGCUUAAUGACUGAUUUUUCCCUCCACUAAUCAGAGCUAAGAAUGUGCUUCAUUAAGAUAAUUAACUGAGUAGUUGCUUAACUGUCAGUCCUAGACACAAAUUCCCAGGUUCCUUGCUUUUCUCUAAAUAAAAGCCAGAGAAAAGAAAGAUCCUGGCUCCCUUUAAUCAUCUUUAUUAGUAAGAUGAUGGGCAAAAGGGUUAUUAAUUUUUUUAAAAGGCAGCUCUCUGCCUGGAGCUGCGACAUUUCAGAUAGUACGGAACAUACUGUUGGUGUGCACGCCAGAAAGAAUAUUUUAGUUCAUAUGUUGGUCUGGCAACAGAGAGAUAAAUUUGAAGCUAGCUUUUUGUUAUGAAGAGCUGAGCUGCAUCCAGCCAGACAUUUAACACAAGUAGGCCAUCAAACCUCGGCACUUCCUCAGUGCUGCCAAAGCUUGAACUAUAGAGCAGAGCCCAAAGCUCCACUCAGGAUGCUCCCUGGAUAGUUGGUUUAAAUGUAUCUGGAAAUCUGCAUCUUUAUGUGAUUUGAUUAUUUGUUCCACUUGUACAUUCUCCGCCCCUCCCCAAGCUCAGGGUGGCAUAGAUACUCUUCUGACUUUUUAACCAUAGUUCUAGUUACAGGUGUUGGUCUGCCGUAAAAACAAAAUAAAAAUAUAUAAUAUAAUAUAAAUAUCUGAAGAAGAAGUGGUAUCUAAAUAAGUGUGCAUGCACACGAAAGCUCAUACCAAUAACAAACUUAAUUGGUCUCUAAGGUGCUUCUGGAAGGAUUUUUUUUAUUUUGUUUCUUUUCACCAUAGUUAGCCAAUUUGGGGAUCAUUCUGUUUGCUUGAGAGCUCAACUCCCUUCCGCGGUGUGUUGCAUCUAUGUUGCAGCCAUGUUUAUCACUUCCCAGAUUCUUUCCUAACAAUGGCUUGCCAGUGGGAUUGUGGAGCACUGAAACCAUGAUGCGUGACAGAAUUUCCACCAGUCUCUAUUUUUCCAUGGAUAUUUUAGAGUAAUAACUGGUGUAAGUGAAGGCACCAGGUGAGUCUCCCUGGGGAGAGUGUUCCACAAAUGGGGAGCCACCCGUUCUAGUGUUGCCACCCUCCAGACCUCUAGUGCAGGGGGCAAAGAAAGAAGGGUCUCAGGUGAUGAUGGCAGGUCUGCCCGGGUCCCCAUUGUUCUGCCUGGACACUGAGGUCCAGCUCUGAGGGCCUUCUGGUGGUUCCCUCGCUGCAAGAAGCCAAGUUACAGGGAACCAGGCAGAGGGCCUUCUCGGUGGUGGCACCCGCCCUGUGGAACGCCCUCCCACCAGAUGUCAAAGAGAAGAACAACUACCAGGCUUUUAGAAGACAUCUGAAGGCAGCCCUGUUUAGGGAAGCUUUUAAUGUUUAAUAGACUAUUGUAUUUUAAUAUUCUGUUGGAAGCCUCCCAAAGUGGUUGAGGAAACCCAGCCAGGUGGGUGGGGUAUAAAUAAUAAUAAUAAUAAUAAUAAUAAUAAUAAUAAUAAUAAUAAUAAUUUAUAUUGGGGGAGGCAGUCCUGGAGGUAUUGUGGUUCUGAGCUUCAUUAGGCUUCAUUAGGUUUCAUUAGGUCAAAACGAGCACUUUGAACUGGGGCCAGAAACUAAUUGGUAGCCAGUGCGGUCAGGUCAGGAUCAGUGUAAUAUGCUCAAAUUGUCUUGUCCCAGUGAGAAAGUUGGCCGCUGAAUUCUGCACCAGCUGAAGUUUCCGAACAAUCUUCAGAGGCAGUCCCACAUAUAGCACACUGCAGUAGUUGCGUAUCACAGCUGACCAGAACCUCAAGCCCAGCGCUCCAGCUGCUACACAACAAUAAUAGUGUAAUGAAUGUUGCUUUAUGAUAUGGGUAUGAUUUAUUUCCCGAGAAAUGAAUCUUACACUCAGUGUACAACAUGCACCUGUGGCCCAAACAUUGUGGGGUUUUUUGGCCUCAACUCCCUGAUCUGUCCUUUGGCUUGGACUCCCCCUGGUGGAAGAGGGGAAUUGUUCUUUCUGAUUUCUUCCAAAUACCAUUUCAUCGCAGUACUGAAAAACGCGUUUCUUGCAAUUCUUUUGCUGUAAUUAGGAGGACAGGUAAGUCACCCGUGAGAAUAAUUUAAGAGAAUUAAGUGAAAGCUCCAAAACUUGAAUAACUGAGUAAGCUGUUGUCUCUUCGUAAAUACUUAUCUUUGAAGAUUUAUGUCAUGAAUCAUAAACAUAGUCCUUACCAUCUUAACGUAAGAGUGGGAAAUAUUUUUCAGUAAUCACUUUCCCCCUUUCUCUUUCAGAGUUUUCACGUCUUCCACAAUGA